CACGAGCAGGCUUGGGCUCGCCGGCCGGUAACAUUAGAAUGUCAAUGUAUACAGUUGCGGUUGCUAAGAGCUGAGGAGUGAGGGAGACUGAAGCUUUGUUACUGAGAUACAAUGCUAGCUGAUCCUGGGAACACCAUGAGAGACCCUAACCCAAUCUACCAGGGGAGAUACAAAGAUCACUUCCCGGACAUCCGCUCUGUGAGUACCCUGCAGCCUAUGGACCAUACUACAUAUUGAUUAUAUUUGGUGGCAGGGUAACUUCCUUGGAAUGGAUGGCGAUUAUGUACAAUAAAUAAUAACCAGAAUAAAACAAACGUCAUCGUUUUACGCCCCCUUUUGCACUUCUUGGCAUGCUCCACGGUGGGGUUAUGUACUAAACUGGGUGAGAUUAAUUAAAAACAAAAUUGCAAAGUUUAGACAAGAAUGGGCAUGGUAGAAAUUUAAGUGCACUGGGGGAAUAUUCCCUUUUCUGACAUUAUUGACUUAAAAUUUUGCACUUCAUUUAUCAGAUCAUCACAUUUCACUGUUUAUAAAAUAAACAUGGUAGAAAGAGAAAAACUGAAAAAAAAAAUCAUAUAAUAAUUGCACAUGAAGCCCUCACUGUUUGCAAAUGGCUUUCAGCUAUUUGUAAUUUACCUUAUUCACUCCUAGUUGAGUGUGUCCUUAUAGAUCAGAGGUAGGCAGGCAUACUAUACAAGAAUAGAGGGCCCAAGGAAAAUUAAGAAUUGAACAGGCAUUCCUUGAUGGAGUUGCUCCUAUCUUCUGUUGCAGAGAUAAUGGAUGAAGAAACAUGGAAAAACGUAAACUGUUUCAAAAUACAAAUAAUACACAUUUCUUCUCUCCCUGGGUUGCAUUAAAUUUUCAGCUUCUUUAGGGACUAUGAAAUGAUUGAGUGUUCUCAGCCAGUCCCAACUCUUUCACAUUUUAAAAACAAAAAAGUAAGAAAGCAUAUAUAUAUAUAUAUAUAUAUAUAUAUAAAAAAAAAAAAUAAGAAAAAAUCCUGCAUUUACCGAAUGAAUGGAAUAUGUAAGUGAGCUUUCCAGAGUAGUUUCAUUCAUGAAAAUAAAUGAAUGAAGCUAUUAUGCAAGCAGUUCAAGCCAGCUACUCACUAGCCAGUGCAAGCUAUCGUUUGGCAGCAGUAGCAGGAUUAUUAACUAAAACUCAAAAUUUUUGUGAAUUAAAAACCAAUGCAAAAUACGGGCAAACAUAGCUGAUUUGGAGAAAUUUUAAAAUGCAGCUCUAACCGUAGAUUUUAGUGAAUAAUCCAGUGGAUCUUUCCGUAUGGAACUAUAGAGGCAUGACAAAGUAUUUGCUCAUUUUUGGGCAAAUCACUUGGAAGUAUAGAGGAAUCCCUGUACCUUAAGCCUUAAGGAGCAGCCAGGCUUAUCAUAGCUUGCCUUAUUGUUUUUUUUUCUUUUCAUUUUUUCACCAUGAAUUUGAAGCCACAUGUGUGUUCAGCUGCAGCUCUCAUAGAAAUACCCCGAGAGACAUCAUCAUUAAUUUCCUCCAUUUCCAUACUAAGGAGGCUCUGAUGAAGAGGGGCCGAGAGGGACCGAUCCGGCAUGAUGGUAAUGUCCUCUCCCUCUACCAAGUUCUAGCCCCUUCGACCGUACAGCGGCGGAGGGACUGGCGGCCGAUUACUGGAGCGCUGAGGGGAGCAGGCCUUAAAUAUGCCUGGGGCUUCCCCUUCAAACUGAUGGUAUUCCGUGACGGGAGAGCACACAUUCUCGUACCUGGUGGAGAUCCACAGCGUUUCCUCCAGGGUCUCUGGAUCCAGGCACCUCCAGACCUGCCGACGGUUGCGAUGUACCCGGGAGAGCUUCCACAACUACAAGCAGAUUGGCGUGAAGUGGGCCCACGAAGCCGCCGCUGACGUCCUGAGGGUAUCGUAUUCUACGGCCUUUCUCUGGGGUUUUUUCACUUCUUACUGGGGGGGGGGGCACCGCCUUUGUUUUUUUGGGGGGCCCCUGGUUAUUGGUGAUCCCGCACAUGGGUGCGCCAUGUUUCCCACGGCCGUCCCACCUGUUUGGCGCGGAGACGAGGUUCCCACACUGGGUUAUUUUUCCUUUUGUAUCCUCUUUUGCUUUGGGCAGACAGGACCGUUUGGGGAUCAGGGGAUUAGGGGAACCCUGCCUUUUUUGUGCUGUUCUUUUCGUUUUUCCCAUGCAGUAAAAAAGUGAAAAAGGAAGAGGGGUAAAGGGGAGGAAAACAGAAAAGAGAGAAAAGAACAGCCCCCCUAGGCAAACCAGAAAAAAAAAAAAAGGAAGAAAAAAGAAGGAAAUAUUUCUGGAAAGUUAAUCUAAAAAUACCACAAAAGAAAAAGUGAGAGGAAACAAAGAGCUCCAUUUUUCAUUCCUCUACUGUUGUAUUACCUUAUGUUAUGGUAUGUUCAUUUUAUUAUAUUUGACUAAUGGACACUCAUGCUCCGCCUUUUUUGUGUGACGGCCGACGACCUCGAAGGGGACGAUUACUUCUAUACCUUUUCUUCACCACUCCGAGGCUUGGGUCGCUGGCUGAGGUCGGCUCUACCUCCCAGGAGCUACUACUGGCGCUAUAAUGGGAAGGUAUUGGCUUCGGGCUGUGUCUGGUGUUGCCCAGCGGAUCUCUGUUGGGACCCGGGUUCGGGUCAUGGGGUGUCGGGUCUGCACCCCACCUUCCCCCCCUCCUUUUUUUUUUGGGGGGGGGGCAGAUGGGGAGCGGGCCCCCGAUACAUCAAUAUAUGCAAGCUGUUGUUGACAUAUGGGUUCUAAUAUUUUCUUUUCCUCCUCCCUUGGGUAUUGGUAGUCGAUAUGGCAGCGACAAAGGGAGGGAAAGAUAAAACACAAGAAGGAGGAGAGAAGGGAAGGAAGAUAAAAGGGAAACAAGAAGGGAAAAAAGGGGGGAGAAAAAAAGGGAAGAAAAAAGAGGAAAAACGGGAGAAAGGGUUAAAUGGGAAAAGGGAGGAAAAAAAAGGGAAAAGCAAAGGGAAGAAAAACACAAAAAACAAACAAAAAAAAAAAAAGGAAAGGAAAAAACAAAACAAAAAAAAAACCACAUAUAGGAUAAUGUUAUGUCCACGAUCCCAGUGCAGUGGUGUAAAAUGUAUAAUCUCCUUUGCUAUGUAGAUCCCGUGACCUAGUAGCGUGUCUUUUGCCACAAGGGGACUGAUGUUCAUAUCCAUUGAUUGUCAGGAUUGUGCACUGGUCUGGGUAUACCUCCCCCUAUCUCUAGACAUCGGGGGGCGAAGGGUAUUAGAGGCAAUGCUACUAUGCUGAAAUGUUGCACUUCCCUGUUAUAUUGUUGUUGUUGACUAUUGUACUGCUGACAGGUCACUCGAGCUCCACUGCUCGGGUCAUUAUGCUGAGUUAUUAUUGUAAAUAUUAGACCCAUCUGGUUGUUAGGUCCCCUUGGCUAUGGUGCUUCUCCCUGAGGUUUCUCUCGUACGAUUAUACUACAGAUGGAAGACAUGGGGUGGUAAGACCUCACAUGAUAUUUCACGCAUCACACUUAAACAAACUGGGCUCCGGUACUGUGGGCUUUUACUAAUGGAGGUAUUGGCCGACCCUGAGGGAGAGUUCUGUUUCCUGCCGGAUAGGCAAGGCCGACGGUGAUUCAGGGGUCUCCUCCAUUUCACCAUAAGGAGGGAGGGCUAUUCUGGGCUGAUCUAGCGGUAGGAAGGCGCCUAGGUUUAGGAGCUCACUGACCCAUUGUUCCUCCCAACAUUGAUCGUGGCUGGAAUGUGGGAGCACGUUUCCAAAACACUCUGGCAUCUGGUAAGACCAGAGAUGCUUAGCGUUGGACUGAGUCCUGACGCUAUCUUUUCUUUCUCUAUUCUACUUUUCUUUAUCUACCCCCUUUUUUUCCCCGUCUUUUUCCUGUGGGGGGGUUUGGAGGGGGUUUGGCGGGUGGAUACGCUCGUGUACUUGAUUGCGACCGGAGGAAUUAUGGAAAAGGUAAAUAUGGCAGAGGCCGCAAUACCUCAAGAUGGCGAUUAGGGUCUCCUCCUUGAAUGUAAAGGGUCUUAACGCGCCGCAGAAGCGUCGACUAAUGUUCAAAGAAUUAAAAAGACUGAAAACCGAUGUGGCUUUUGUUCAAGAAACCCACUUACCCAAACAGGCCCAGUUUCGGCUGAGGGAUCAUGCUCCUCCUAUGAAGCUAGGUCUCAACGCAAACGCAAUGGUGUGGCAAUCCUUGUACGACGCAGCUGUCCAUUAAGUGUGAGUUCACAUGAGGCUGACCCGGAGGGACGCUUCGUUAUCGUCUCGGGUUCCUUGUAUUCGCAUGUAAUUCACCUGAUCAACAUAUAUGCACCAAAUCAACCGGAGCCUGUUUUCUGGACAACGCUCCGAGACAAAUUAUCUGCACUCCCCCACGGUCUAGUUUAUGUGGGAGGCGAUUUUAAUGCUACUCCGUGCCCGGCCGCCGACAGGAGCUCGCGCACUGGUAUCCCUAGAUCACAGGGUAGGGGAGGUCAGGAUAAAUUACUCAAGGACUUCAUUGCUGACACGGGAUUGGCGGACGUAUGGCGGGCUCAUCACCCUGGAGAUAAGGCUUACUCGUUCUACUCAGCUCCCCAUGGCACGUAUUCCAGGAUUGACCUCUUUCUCGCUAAUGCGUCGGGCAUGUCUAGGAUCACGGGGUCCACAGUAGGCAACAUCUCCUGGUCCGAUCAUGCAGAUGUGUCUAUCACAUUGGGUAACCUUUGCGCGGCUUCACCAUGGACUUGGAGGCUGAACGCGUCCUUGUUGCGGGACGAAGAGAUAAGGGAACAGAUCCGAAAAGGGAUUACUGACUACUUCGAAUUGAAUGCCACCCCUGACAUCCAUGUGGGCAUGCUAUGGGCGGCUCAUAAAGUUGUCACGAGGGGAAAUCUGAUUAAACUGGCCACCAGGCGGAAGAAAUUGAAACAUCAGAAACUGGAGACACUCCUGGGACAACUGAGAACCCUUGAACAGAAACAUCAGACAGCACCGGAUGAGAGAACAUUCGAACAACUGGAUGCAGUUCGGAGAGACAUCCGCAUUUUGCUGUUGGAUGACGCGGCCAGAUCCGUGGUGUGGUCCAAGCGGACGUAUUAUGAAAGUGCCAAUAAAAUGGACACCCUCCUGGCCAGAACUCUCCGGCCUAAGCAGGAUAGGGCCCAUAUCACAGCUAUUAGACAUCCAGAUGGCACAACGAAAUCGACGCCCGCCGAGAUAGCCAAGGUCUUUGAAGAAUAUUAUGCGACGUUGUACAAUCACACACCUGAUAAUGGUUCUCAUGGGGAGAGGGAAGAGGAACAGAUUUUACGAUAUUUGGAUAGACUGGGGUUGCCCAAAUUGAACGGAGAAGCAGCGGGCGCGCUGGCCUCUGAGAUUACGGAGGAGGAGGUUGACAGGGCUAUUUCCCACCUGAAAGGUAAUAAAGCACCGGGGCCGGAUGGCUUUGACGGCACAUAUUACAAAACCUUCAGAGACGAACUCGUGCCUCAGUUGGCAUGACUCUUCGAAUAUCUGCGCCACGGAGGACGGUUGGCUCCUGAUAUGUCGCUGGCUACCAUUGUACUGCUGCCCAAACCGGGUAAGGACCCACUCCUACCAGAAAACUAUAGGCCCAUAUCCUUGAUUAACCAUGAUCUAAAGAUCCUGGCAAAGAUUCAAGCGGACAGGCUGAACCCACUUUUGACCACCCUAGUUCACGCCGAUCAGGUCGGUUUUAUUCAAGGUAGGCAAUUGUUCGAAAAUACCAGGCGGAAUAUUGACUUGAUCUGGAAACAAAAGACCAUGGGGACCACCACCCUUGCAGUCUCCAUAGAUGCCGAAAAGGCCUUUGAUAGAGUGCGUUGGCAAUUUCUUUUUCCGGUAUUGAGGAAUAUGGGCUUCCCGGACGAAUAUGUAACGGUAACAAGAGCGAUGUAUCAUGACGUGCGAGCACAGAUCCAGAUAACGGGCGCUCCACUGACUCCGUUCCAGCUGUACAAUGGAACCAGGCAGGGAUGCCCUCUCUCCCCCCUCCUCUUUGUGUUGGCCUUAGAACCACUAAUGCAAGCCAUUCGAAAACAUCCCAAUAUUGAAGGAGUUAAGGUUGGGGCCGAUGAAUAUAAAGUGUUGGCCUAUGCGGACGACGUCCUCCUGACAGUUACGAACCCUAUGGACUCUAUGUUGGCAAUACAGGGGGUCAUAGCGGAAUACAGCAUGUUCUCAGGUUAUAAGGCAAAUAUCCAGAAAUCUAGUGCUAUCCCGGUUUGCCUCACGGAAGCGGAGGUGGUUCGGAUAAAGGAAACAUAUCAACUCAGGAUAGAAACACACUCCGUAAAGUAUUUGGGGAUUCAUUUUACUGCUGACCCCGACCGCUUGUACCUCGCUAACUACGCUCCGAUGAUUAGAGCCCUGAUAGGUGACCUUGAUAAGUGGACCGAUAAACCCAUUUCCUGGAUAGGACGCAUCCAUUCAGUCAAGAUGAACAUUCUGCCACGUAUACUGUUUCUAUUCCAGGCUCUUCCCAUCCGAGUCACAAAAACCCAACUGGCCCCUUUGCAACGUUCAAUGGGGGAUUUUAUCUGGCAGAAUAAGAGGCACAGAAUUUCUCGACAAGUGCUGUACAGGCGAAAAGAUAGAGGGGGUCUGGGUCUCCCAAAUUUAUAUUUUUACUACCUCGCAGCCCAGCUUACGCAAUUGGCCAUGUGGCAUUCCCCGCCGGAGGAGAGGAGAUGGGCUGACAUAGAAUCUAUGAUGGUAGGGGUCAACGUCCCCCAAUUUGCGAUGUGGGUUCCCUGGGGCAUAGACCCGCAAUACGGAGUACUUGCCCGUCCAUACUCAAUUCUAUUCGGAUUUGGGAUGCAUGCCAUCUCAAAUACAGGCUGGCAACGUCCCCCUCCCCGAUGACCCCAUUCCUUAGGAAUGAGGAUUUUCCCCCCGGCAUGGCCCCCAGAGAUUUUCGCAACAUCGAACGCACGGGGCUGCAACGUCUACAUCAGCUAUAUCGAAAUGGCUCGGUAAUUCAAGCUACAGCAAGGGGCCCAUCUAACCCCCGCAGAUUUUUUCCGCUAUGUCCAGAUUCGCGACUUCGCCGGCAAACCUCGCAUUAAGGCGGCAGCUCUGGGUCAGAUGACCUUUUUCGAACGACUUUGCUCCAACGGGACCGCCCCCAAGGGUAUGAUUACACUUCUAUAUGCUCACCUGAGCGCGGAAACUGGCGAAUGGGGAAGUCUGAAUUACACGGAUCAAUGGGAAGCGGACCUCUGUGAAGUCCUGGAGGGACUAGAGUGGAAGGAGAUAUGGGAGGCGAAUUCCACUGUCUCGAUUUGUGUCACUCUACAAGAGCAAGCAUGGAAAACCAUGCUUAGGUGGUAUACCACGCCUGUGAAACUAUAUCGCAUGCAUAAAUUGGAUAAUGAUGAUUGCUGGCGGGGCUGUGGCUCUCGGGGCACAUAUAUCCAUAUGUGGUGGAAUUGUUUAAAACUCACCAACUUCUGGAGGUCAGUGGAAGAUCUCCUGAGGCAGACGUUCAACAAACCCCUGCGUCUAGAUCCGUGGGUAUAUCUGCUCAAUAGGUCUCUCGAUGGCUGGACCAGGAGAGAACAAAAGGCCAGGCACUAUGACUGUACUAACUCGUUAUUUUCAUCAAUCCCCUGAUAUUUUUUGGGCAUCUCUCACAGUUACUGGGUCUCUUUUUAGAUCAAUAAGCAAUGUAAGUAGCAAGUCUGCCAUUGCUCAUUAGAACGGAAUUUGAAUUCGAAUGAGUAUAGAGUUCUGCGUGUUAUCCACCUCACUGUCUGCUAAUAGAAUUGUUUUUUUCUUUUUUUUUAUGUCUUGUUAUUACUUUUUAACUUUAAAAAUGUGCUGUAUUAACCUGUGACAAUGUUAAAUGCUGUAAGCUGCACACAGACGCUGAUGUGGCUCUGUGUAUUUGUUGUUGAUACAUGCAUGACAAAAAUAAAUAAUUUAAAAAAAACAGUACAUAGAAAGCAAUAGGGGCAACUGCGCAUGAAAGGGUACACAGAAUUAAACAUUUUCAAGAGAAAUUUUCCAGCUUGUUGCCUAUAUACUUUGCCACAAAGUUUCAGCCCCACCUUCACAACAUUAAAUAGCAAUUUAAUCCAUAAAAUAAAAUGACUUUUUACUCAGCCAAAAGAUAAUAUUGGUAGCUUGGUAGCUUGUUGACUGUAUUUGGGAAAGCAUGUUAAUUCCCUAACUGGCAGAAAUAGUGAGUGCAGUCCAAUAAAUGGUGAUAUAUACAUAAUAAAUGCUCCUUACACAUAAAUCAAAUUCAUCUAACACAAAUAUUAUAUGGAGAGGAGGAGAUAUGUCAUGUCACCCUCAGAAUUUGCAAAACGUGCCCAGUAAAAUGUGAGAUAUAUAUUAAUGCUUCUCAAAAACAAAAAAAUUAAUCUUGAUAUGAUGGAAUAUGUCCAAAACACACAGGAGAAACAAACAACCCAAACAUUAUAUGGAGAAACCAAACCAGACACCAAACAUUAUAUGGAGAAAUGUCACCCAUAUAUUUUUCAAAAGGAACUCUUUGCCUAAUAAAUGGUCUUAAAGGACCACUAUAGUGCCAGGAAAACAUACUCGUUUUCCUGGCUCUAUAGGGUCCUUGCGUCCCCCUCACCCUUAUGGCCCCCCUCCCGCCGGGCUCUAGGGUGAGAAAGGGGUUAAUCCUUUACCUUUUUUCCAGUGCCGGGCUCCAUCGGCGCUGGGGACUCUUCUCCUCCUUUCCCGUCAUCGGCUGAAUGCGCAUGCGCGGAAAAAACAGCGCACGCAUUCAGCCAGUCUCAUAGGAAAGCAUUCUCAAUGCUAUCCUAAGGACGCUGGCGUCUUCUGACUGUGAAAAUCACAGUGAGAAGCGCGGAAGCGCCUCUAGCGGCUGUCAAUGAGACAGCCACUGGAGGCUGGAUUAACCCUAUUGUAAACAUAGCAGUUUCUCUGAAACUGCUAUGUUUACAGCAGAAAGGGUUAAUCCUAGAUGGACCUGGCACCCAGACCACUUCAUUAAGCUGAAGUGGUCUGGGUGCCUGUAGUGGUCCUUUAAGCAGGGCCAUCUUUAAUAUUGAUUGGGCCCUGGGCAAGCAUUUGAUGGGGCUCCCUGACCCCCACUCCCUGACAUCCCACUCCCUGACAUGCAAUCAAACUCUCCACUUCCCAAUGCAGUAGUCGAACCAUUUUCCCAUGCGUGCAGAGUUGUAUUUAGCACUGAGCUGUGUUUGUGUGUUUGAAUGGAAGCAUGUUUUUGCAUGGAGUAUGUUUGUGUAAAUGUAGGGGUGUGUUUGUAUGUGGUGUUGGUGUUUGAAUGCAAGCAUGCAUCUAUGUGUAGGUUUUUUUUAAUGCUGGGGUGUGUUUAUAUAUAUUUUUGGUGUUUUACACAAAUAUGUGUUUGUAUGUAUUGUUGACGUUUCAAUGCAGGACUGUGUGUGUGUAUGUAGUGUUGAAGGUUGAAUGCAGGGGUGUACUUGUGUGUAGUGUUGGUGAUUUGAAUGAUGAGAUGUAUGCACAUGUACACAUACACUGCCACACACACACUGUGAUACACAUUCACACACACACACACACACACACACACAGAAACACAUGCAGAUACACAGAUAUAAACACUGACACUCACACUAACACACAUAUAGAUACAGACUGACACAGAUACACACACUAACACAUACAGACACACAGAUACACAACCUGACACACAUACAGAGACAUAUAUACAAACACUGAUACAUAUGGAUACUCAGACACACACAUGCAGAUACGCAGAUAAAAACUUUGACUAUAUACAGAUGCACACACAGAUAUACACACGCAGGUACACACACUGACAACAUACAGACACGCAGAUACACAACCUGACACACAUGCAGAUACACACAGACCACAUAGAGAAACAUAGAUAUACUAAAUACAGAUACACAGAUAUACAAACUGACAACAGAGAUACACACUGACAGACAUACUGACACACUGACAUAGUGACACACACAGACAGACAUACUGAUACACACACAGAAAUAGUGACACACACACUCACACACAUACACACACAUACUAAGACACACACAGACAUACUAAGACACACACAAACAUACUGACACACACAAAUACCGACACACACAUACAUACUGACACACGAAAAGUUUACAUUUUUCCACACUGACAGACAUACUGACACACUGACACACAAACUGACACAUACACUGACAAACUGACAUGCACACACAGACAUACUGACACACACAGACAUACUGACAUGCAUAGACAUACUGACACACACAGAGACAUACUGACACACACACAUACGCCCUGACAGACAUACUGACACACACUCAGACAUACUGACACACACUCAGACAUACUGACACACACAGAGACAUACUGACACACAGACAUAGUGACACACACAGACACCCUGACAGAAAUACUGACACACACAGACAUACACACAGAAAUGGUGACAUAUACACACACAGAAACCCUGACAGACAUAAUCACACACAUACACAUAUACUAAGACACACACACAGACAUACUGACACACACACACACACACACACACACAGACAGACAUACUAAGACACACAGACACCCUGACAGACAUACUCACAUACUAAGACACACACAGACAUACUCACAUACUAAGACACACACAUACAUACUGACACACUGACAGACAUACUCACACACAUACACACAUACUAAGACACACACAGACAUACUGACUCACACAAAUACUGACACACACAUACAAAGUUUGCAUUUAUAAAGUCUCUCCCCAGCCCUGUCUUAUGGGUUCCCUGGGGUCAACUGGCAGGCUGAGGUAGUUGGGAGUGUGAGGCUCUGGCUCCUCCUCCUUCCUACCGCGCGGCUUCAUUCUAUCAUUCAGUCUGCUGCAGUAAAAAAAGGGGUCCCGGUCGCGCUGUUAAAGGGCCACAGCACCCGACCGGGCCUUCUUAGUGUGGGGGCUCUCGGUGCAGCCGCAGCACUGGCAGGCCCAUGGGGCAAAAACAUUUUUUGGGGCAGACAGCGGGGGCCCACAGGGUAGCUGCUUUGGGCCCCCCAGGAGUAAGUGCCCCGCUUUAAAGAUGGCCGUGGUCUUAAGCACACAUACACACACUCUCACUGAUUUGAAACACACACACUAACAGACACAAACACUGACAGACACUCACUGACAGACACACUGACACACAUUCCCAAUGACAUACACACAAUCUCACUGCUUUGAAACACACACAGAGACAGACACACUCACUGACAGACACACACUGACAAACACGCUCACUGACAGAAAUACUCAUUGACAGACGCACAGACACUCACUUUCAAUGACAUAUACACAAUCUCACUGAUUUGAAACACUUGUUGACAGACACAUUCACUGAUAUACAAAAUACUCAUUGACAGACAUAUGUACUGACAGACAUACUUACACAAAAACACACACACACACACACAAACACACUGACAGAUACACGUAUGCAGGGCCGGACUGGGAAAAAAAUUCGGCUCUUCAAUCACAGCGCCCCCCCUGAGAAGGCGGCGGGGCCAGAGAGGGUGUGUUUCGUCAUGAAUAAUGACAAGCACGCCCCCUCUCAAAGUGAGCAUGUUAGUUCAAUGCGCAGAGCCCUGUUGAAGAGCUCAAGCAUGGGAAAAAGGCCCUAUAUGUGUUCUGCGCAGCGCAAGCAAAUUUAAUAACAUGCUUGCACUGUUUUUGCUUUUAACUUGUCUCUGGUGUCUCCAUAAGUUGGAUACCAGAGGACAAAAGGGCCAGGAAAGCGUAUGGUGCAUUUGUAUGGAGCCUGCUUGUGGGAUUGCAUGUGUGUAGAUUGAGCUGAUUGUGGUAUGGUAUUAUGUAAAUAGGUCAAUUUAAUUCGUGUUUGUGGUGUAAUAUGUGUGGCUAGGGGCUGUAGAGAGAGUGUGUGUGUAUAGGGGGCAUAGUGUGUAUGGGGGAUGCAGUGAGUGUGUGCAUACGGGUGUUUGUGUAUAGGUGACAAAGUGUGUGUAGGGGUUGUAGAGAGUGUAUGUUUAGAGAAUGUUGUAUGUGUAUGCUUACAAGGAAUGUAGUGUGUGCAUGGGGGAUCCAGAGUUUGUAUGUCAGGAAUGUAGUAUGUGUAGGUGGUGCAGUGUGUGUGUGUAGGAGAUCUAGUGUGUAAAUGACCCAGAGUGUGUGUGUAUAGAGGAUUCAGAGUGUAUAUUUUAUGUUUGGACGUAUUGUAUGAGGGGCACGUUUUAUGUGUUGGGUGUAUGUGUGAAGGGUGCAACAUGUGUGUGUGAAGGGUGCAACAUGUGUGUGUGAGGGGUGCAGUGUGUGUGUGUAAGAGGGGUGCUGUGUGUGUGAGGGUGUUCUUAUCUGCUGUCACAUUUUAUGGUUCUAAUUGUCUUUGUCUGUUAACUCACUAAAGGUUAAUUUAUACAUUAUAUAUAUAUAUAUAUAUAUAUAUGUGUGUGUGUUUGUGCUGUAUAUGUGUGAGAGUGUUCUGUGUGUGUCUGAGGGUGCUGUGUGUGUAUGAGGGUGCUGUGUGUGUGUGAGGGUGCUGUGUGGGUGUCUGAGGGUGAUGUGUGUGUGUGUCUGAGGGUGCUGUGUAUGUAUGAGGGUGCUGUGUGUGUGAGUGUGCUGUGUGUAUGAGGGUGCUGUGUGUAUGAGGGUGCUGUUUGUAUGAGGGUGCUGUGUGUGUCUGAGGGUGCUGUGUGUGUGUAAGGGGGUGCUAGGUGUGUCUGAGUGUACUGUGAGUAAAUGUCUGAUAAAAUAUAUGUCUUUUUUUAAUUUUAUUUAAAAAAAAAAAAAAAACGUUAUAUCCCUCCCUUCUUACCUUUAGCCUGGGAGGGGGGGAGCCAUGAUGCCAUGGAGGAGGAUGCCGUGCAGGAGGAUGCCGUGCUGCCUUCCCUGGUGGUCCAGUGGUGAGAUCUGAGCGUUGCCGUGGUAACUGCGGCAACGCUCAGAGUCCCGCGAGAGGAACCCGGCGUAGCUGCUGGCUAGAGCUCCACCAGGUCCUCUCUCCUCUCCCUCCCCAGCCAGCGGCAGUAUUACAGUGCCUGUGGGCCGGUGAGGGAGAUCUUUGAUCUCCCCACUGGCCCACGAAGGCACACAGCAGGGUCGGCGCUCGGGUAGUGCUGGCACUGCAGGGGCUGGCAGGGGAGAUCCUGUGAUCUUGGCCCACGGCCAUCGCGGCCCACCAGGUAUUUGCCCAGUAUGCCCGAUGGCAAGUCCGGGCCUGCACGUAUGCACUGACAGACACUCACACACUGAUAGACAAACUCACUGACAGACAAAAUACAUAUACACACACACUGACAGACACACACAUUUACACAUUUUGCACACACCUCUUAUUAAUUUUAUUUCUUGUUAUUUUAUUUGUUUAGGCCCAUCCAGCCUCCCUACCUGGUGUGGGUCCUCUCCCUGGGGCCAGUGGGGAUUUUAUCCCUUUGUCCAGUGGAAAUUCUAUCCCUGGGGUCCAGUGGAGAUUUUAUCAGUGGGGUCCAGUGGGGAUUUUCGCCAUGGGAUCCAGUGGGGAUUUUCUCACUGAGGUCAUAUUCGGAUUUUCUUUAUGGAGUACAGUGGGGAUCUUCUCCUUUUUAGUCCAGUGAGGAUUUUCUCCCUGGGGUCCAGUGGGGAAUGGAUCCAGCUUAUCUCUGCUCCCUUGUUUGCCCUCUGUAGUGAUACUGUUGCUGAAGUGACAUCAUAUUCUGUCUCCCGGCAUCACUACAGAGGGCGUGCGAGGGAACAGAGAGGAUCUGGAAACAUGUCAGUGCUCCCUCGCCGCUCCCCCGCCCCUUGCCGUCCACACCGCCCUCGCCGUCUGCCAUUUCUCUCCUGUUUCCUGCUGGUUAUAUAUCAGCAGAGUCAGGGGCGGCUGGUGUCUGUCAGUAAGUGUGUGUGUUAGCAAGUGUGUCUGUCAAGUAAGUCUUUGUCUAUUUGUGUGUCUGCUUGUCAGUGUGUGUAUGUGUCUGCCUGUCAGUCAGUGUGUGUCUGUCAGCAUUUGUGUGUGUGUUUUUGAGAGUGAGUGCCAGCGUGUCUGUCAGCAGGGCCAGCCUUUGAGGUGUGCAUCACGUAGGGCGCCAUGACAACAGAGGCGCCCGACGGCCAACACAGCUCACAGGUUUGGGACACCAGCAUAUUUAAUUUAAACGAUUCCCUGGUGGUCCAUUGGUGCGCACCAGCAGUAGGUGUAGUCAGAUCAAAUCCUCUCCCUUGUGGUUCCGGCACUCAGUUAGUGAGUCACAGCACAGGUUCAGAGAUUCUCAGCCUGAGCUCUAACAAUAUUGAAAGUCGGAGCUGCAAAGGAGUAGGUAUGGCAAAGAGCUACUGAUUAGCAUAACAUCAAUAUCUGUUAUAAAACCAGGAAAAGGAUGGUGAGCUGAUUCGGGGGUGCAAUGGGCCACUUGACUGGAUUUGCCCCCCAGGCCUGAGGCUGCCAGCCCUCCCCUGAGCAGAGUAGGCAUUUGCCAUGUGGGGUAAGCAUGUGCCUACUCUGCCUUGCUGAGUAAGUCUCCAUCGUCCUGCUCCCCAUGGUGAACCCCGCCUUCUGGCGGACCAUGCGUGGAGCUGUGUGCAAAUCUGGACCAUGUAUUGUACAGGCGGGGUAAACUUUAAUGUCUGUGAUGUGAUGUCACCAUGUGAAGAGUAGAUUACCGUACUUUGCUCCAUAGUUGCACUUUAUUUACAUCAAUCAAAUUGUGUAUCACAAAUAUUUGAAUGUUUUAAAUCAAAAAAGGUUAGAUUUCUGUACCAUGUAAUGUCUGUUUUUUUGUACUGCAGCAGGUUUACAAAUAUAGUUAUGUAUGCACUGAAUUACCUGUCUCAUAAAUCUCUCAACAGCAGAGGAUUACUACAACUGCUGCAGGCUCGUUAUAAUGUUUCUUGCGUUUGUUUAUGUGCAUUAAGUUUAUAGUGCCGUUGCUUGUAGAAAAAUAAAUUAAGAAUGAAGAAAAAGUGACAGAGAUAAAAUGCAGUUCUGAUUCACAAGUCUGAUCACUGUUGGGGUUAAAAAUGGAAAGAUCCCCGUUGACAUACCCCUGAAGCUCCUCGUAGGGUUGGCGUUAAGAGUUAAGUUAUGGGUUAGGUCCCUAUGGGUUCCUAUGGGUUUGUACAUCCAUGGUCACAGGGCGAUUCAGAAUUGAGACCAAGGGGCUUACGAUUCCAUUUUGUUGGGGUUGGGAGUUCAUUGCAGUAGAGACAGAUGAAGACACUAGUGGUAUUAGGACAAAGGGACUACGUCCUCUAAUUAUGCAAAGGGUGUAAUCAUAGUGCUAAAGCUUAUGAUAAUGGGUAGAGGAAGUAUAUAUAUAUAUAUUUAUUUUUUAUUUAUUUUUUUGUAUUAUAUGUAGUGUAUUUUACCUUUGGAAAUGUGUUGAUAAUACAAAGCUCUAUAGGAUUUGUGUCACAUGGUAAAAAUAAAGAGUCUUCUUAAAUUUCCUUGGUAAUUAUAAAACGGAAGAAUAUGGAUUGGUCCUAUGCUGCAAAUGCUUUUUAUUUCUUUUCUUAAAAACAGUAAAUCAAUGUAUGCAUAUUUUCAUGAUCAGAUGAAUUCUUGCACAUUUAAUUACUUUAAUUUGCAAUAACAAUUACUCUUUGUGCUAUAACACAUGCUUUUCAUUGCAGGCUGGGAAACUUUUCCCCAUUGGAGAGAGAGCUUCUGGCUGCUUGACUGAAAUUUAUCCCAGGGUAUGUAAAGUGGCAUGUCUUCUGUUGACCUGAGUUUGCUAUUUUUGUUGACUAAUUAUGAAAACCUCUAUAUUCUUCAGUAGUUUGAGCUCUUAUUGUUUUAAAAAAUAACACUUUCUAGUAAGUACCUUGUACAUUACAUUUUAAAGUUUCGAUUUUUGAGUGCACCCAUGUUCAAGUGCUGAAUAUAUGGAUAUUUAGGGAAUUGGUUGACAAUGCUAGAUUAGAUGACUAAAAUUAUUUUCUUAGCAGCACUAGAAGCAAUAAUGUCUCCAUCUGUUUUUCAACUAAAAAUGUUUGGGUUCUGUCAUUUGUCCACCUACAUUCUUACCUAUGUUUAUGGGCAUGAAAGAAAAGACAGCACAUUCAUGAUUGUACCAUAGGACUGCACAUUCCCCUGGCAUUAUAAGCCUGACAAUUGCUUUAGGGUGGGUUUGGACGGUUAAUUGCCAUGCUGGAGAACAGAAAUCACUAAUAUAGUUAUUCGUAGAUCCCAAACAAGGGAAAAAAUAUCCAAGGGUUCUAUCUAGCUAUCUAUCUAUCUAUCUAGAUCUAAACGCUUUUCAUUUGCUAUGAGUCCAAAAUCCCAGUUUGGUACCAGAGCCAUCUAUCUAUAAAACGUUUAGUGCUAAAUGUAUAGUUUUUCUUUGUGCAAAACUUUACUGCAUAUGCAAAAAAGCCAUCUAGCGUUAACAGUAGCGUAGUAGAACUGACUUAAGUUUAUCACUUUGCCCUUAUCUCGCACAACACUUGUGUUAGAAUAAACAAAAGGAUAAAACAGGAUCAGCGCUAAUACACCUAACUAAAAGAUAUAUAUAUAUAUUUAAAAGAAAAUUAAUGAAAGUAGGUGACACACCUUAAAACAUAAGGCUCCCUCUAAGCCUGAUAAACAACAGAGAAAAAAGGUAGCGCAAGAAAGUAUAAAAAUAGAGAUGUGUUGUUUUAUAUAUAUAUAUAAAAUUAUAAAUAUAAAAAAGCCUUAUAUAUAUAUAUAUAUAUAUAUAUAUAUAUAUAUAUAUAUAUACAUACGUAUAUGUAUAUAUAUAAAAGGACAAACAAAUAAAAAGCAAAAGAAAUUUCAAAUAUAGGUCCAAAUGUGAAUUGAAAUGAAAAAACUUGCCGGAAGAUAAAAUCUCAAAGAGUCAGGGUAGUUCCUCUGGAAUGGUGUCAGAUCAGAGUGUUUUUAGCAGCCAUACAUGCAAUAGAAAGAGAGAACUGAUGGUGCAGAAAAUCCCAGGAUAGCAUAAAAGGAAAUAAAAAACGUCUUUUGUCCUACUCACAAUUAAUAGAGCUUAACCUAGUUCUAGUCCGAAUGGCGUACAGUGGUACAAUCCCCACUUAUAGGAUACGUGAGAAAGUGUAGUUAGGCAGAUGUAUCAUCGGUGGGAAGAUCAUAAAAAGUAUAAAAGAGACAGCAAUAGUGCUCACAGUAUAAAAGGUACCAGGAGUAUAAGGUUAAGAAUAGGUACUCACAUUUAAUUGGGCAGACUAACUGCUCAAUGUGUAGGUUAAAGUGUUCCGUAGAGACACUCAAAAUACAAGUAAUACAAAGAAAAAAACAAAAGGAAAGAAUUGUGAUAGUAAAUCGUACAACCUGUAUAGUAGUUGGUAUAAUCUACCACAAGCAAUGUAUAUCUGGUGGAAUAAAACACAAAUAUAGUGCAAUACAAUAAGCACAAGCACGGGGUGUGUGGUGGUAGAAAACUCACUAGAAAUUAGCAGAUUCAGGCAUGUCUCCCUCAAUAUUAGGGUAAUUGUGUGAUUGUAGGAAAUCUUCCAGCCAUUGAACUCUUGGUAUAGGGGUAUCUUCUUGAAUAACUCAAAAUAUAAGGAGAGAAGAGAGAUAGUGCAGACUGUAUAAAAGUAUAACAAAUGUAUUUUUACAAGUUGCACUUACAGUGUGUCAGCAGAUAAACAGCAUGUCUCCACAACAAUGGUGGUAUCCAACAAGACAGCAGCAAAUGUAGCAGCAUUCAAAGGCACAAAACAAUAUUAAAAGCAAAUGAAAGUCUGUGCAAAAGUAGGGUUAAAAUCCAACGCGUUUCGUCCCAUUCUGGACUUCCUCAGGGAUGUAUAGGUUAGAUCUGUAGAGUGACUUCUUAUAUAUCGGCACAGUAACAUUUCAAACUCGCGGCAGCUGUUGGUGUGCGUUCUAAUGUGGAACUCAUUCGGCGCUUCUGCGUGUGUUCGUCACUUCCAGUUGGCGAACAACCCGGCCAGCAGUGGAAUUAUAACGUGUAUACAAGAAAUAGCACAACAAUAAAAAAGCUUCAUGAGAAAAUUGAGUCUUAUCAAGAAAAAAGACUAAUUGACAAAAGAAUAAUAGACCAUAAUACAAUUAUGCAUAAUGGCAUUAAGGCAAAACAUGUUGGCUGUAGAUACUCUUAAAGAAAUAUACAUAUGUAGAUGUAUCACAUUAGAUAUAUCUUUAUAAUGAAAUUGUUUCACUUUACAUUUAUGUGUCUAAUAUAGACACUAAAAAAACUGUUAAAAAAUUAUAAAAAUGAAAAAAAUGAAAAAAUACUGGAAAAAAAAAUAUAUUUUUGCAAUAUUGUAAUAUUGCUGUAUGUAUAUCCUAAUACAGUAUAGUAUACAGUAAGAGAGGAAUAUAUCAAUUCUAAACCCAUAAAAAGGGGAAAAAUUGGAAAAAAAUUUAAUAUGGUAAUUACAAAAUAGAAAAAAUAAUUGUAAAUUUUUUACAUUAGACAAACAUAAUAAUCAUGAAAGUAAAAAUAAAAAUGAAAAUAACAAUAAAAAAAUAAAGAAAUAUGAAAAUAAUAAAAAAUAAUGAAUAUACAUGAAAAAAUAAACAUAAAAAAUAAAAAAAUAUAUUCUUUAACCAUAAAUCACAACUGCCAUAUUAAGCUUUUUACAGAAUAUAUACAUAUGCAUAGAUAUCAAAUACAAAUGUACAGUAUAAGAACAUCUUUUAUAUAAAAGACCAGAAAAUAUAUAUAUAUACAACAAAGAUUCUAAAUCAAUGUAGUUGGUAUAUCUGUAAUUUGGAAAAAAAAGUAUUAGUUUGUCCAAUUACACAAUAGGAAGUAUAUAUUUCAAAAUUGUACAUUAAAAUAAAAUAUAAAAAAAUAGAAGAAUGUAUAAAAACGGAGAACUAGUCAUCCCAAAGUCCCAAAGAAACCAGAAUACCGUUAUAUGCCAGAAAAAAUGGAAGAAAAGUGAUAGAAUUAAAUAAGUCCUGCUAAAUCUAUUUUCUGAUUAAGACCACAUCUUACAUUUUUCAAAUUAAAGAUCCAUUGGGCUUCUUUGGUGUUAAGUAAAGUUUCAAUGUUACCCCCUCUCCAAUGUCUUUCCACCUUGUCUAUUCCACACGCUAAAAUGUGUUCCAUUGGAAUUGUGGACAAGACAUACAGUGUCCGGGUACACUAUGAUCUAAGUUUUAUUUCUUAUAUUCUGAAAAUGUUCUAACAAUCGGACGUUUAAUUUGCGGUUAGUGUGUCCAAUAUAUUGCGCACCAGAACCACACAAACAAAUAAAUUACGUGUGUUGUGGAGCACUGUAUACAUUUGUUAAUAUGGUAAGUUUGAUGUGUGUAUGAACCUAUAAAUGAGUUGAUGAUUUUCUUUUGAAAAGUACAUGUGGAGCAUUUACCACAACGGUUAAAACCCUGUUAAAGUUCUUUAGAAAAAAUAUGUGUGGAUUGUAUGGAUAUAGUUUUUUUCUGAGGGCAAUAGACUUGGGGCUAAUUUGUUUUUUAGAUUGUCUGCUCUUUUAUAGAUCACUGUGGGUUUUUUGGGUAAAAUUUUAUUCAAAAAUAUAUCUUUCCUCAAUAUGUGCCAAUGUCGAUUAAUUAUAUUUUCAAUAUUUUUAGCUUGGGAAUUAUAUUUGGUUAUGAAAGCAAAAUCAAAUUGAUUCUUAUUUUUGAAAUAAUUUGUUCUGGUUUUUGUGAGUAAUUCAUUACGAUUGGUGUUAAUCAAAGAAAACUCAGCUUCUUCGAUUGCUUUUAAAUCGUAACCUAUUUCUGUGUAUCUAUUUUUUAUGAUUUUGGACUGGGUCUUAAAGGUAUCUACAUCUGAACAAUUGCAUCUUAAGCAUGUUAAUUGUCCUUUUGGAAUAUUCCUCAACCAAGAAGGGUGGUGAGAAAUAGAAUAAUCUAUGGCUGUAUUAGUCAGUGCUUUUGAAAAAAGUCUUAAUUUUAAGAAUAUUAUUCUCAAUAUAGAUAGUUAAAUCGAAAAAAUCUAUAAUCUCUGUAUGACAAGUAGAAGUAAAUUUCAAGUUGUAUUCAUUAUGAUUGAUAUAUUGGAUGAAAUUGUCAAGGCUGGUCUGAUCCCCCUCCUAAAUAAUAAGAACAUUAUCUAUGUAGCGUUGCCACAGGACAAGACUCCCCCCAGCGUCUGACCCAACCCAACAUGUCGAGAUUCCCAAUGGGAGACAUAUAGGUUGGCAAAGCUGGGGGCGAACCUUGUUCCCAUGGCAACACCAUAUAGCUGCAAAAAUAUUUGUUAUCAAACCAAAAAAAUUUCCUCGUUAAGACAAAAUAUAUACAUUCAACAAGAAAUUCUAUCUGCAUGUUAUUUAUUGUAGAAUGUUGGUUUAGAAGAUCCUUAAUUGCCGAUAGUCCCUUUUGGUGCAGGAUAUUAGUAUAUAGUGAGAAUACGUCUACCGAGGCUAAAAUAUAACUAGGUUUCCACUUUAUUAGUUGUAAAUCAUUUAAUAGAUGCUUUGUAUCUUUUAUAUAUGAAGGUAUAAUGGGUACAUAUGGUUGUUGAAAAGUGGUAUAAUCCCCACCAUGGAUUAUUUUGCAGUAAUCCUCACUGGAACUUAAAAUUGGAUACCAGGUAGAAAAAAAUAAAAAAUUAAAUAAUAAAAAGUAGCAUGGCACACUCACAGUGGAAAGAGGCCAAAAUACCUUUAUUAAAAUACAAUGUAAAAGAAACAGUUUAAAACAUCCACAACGCGUUUCACCAAAGUGGCUUUCUCAAGUGGAGGUAGAAAAAUCAGACCUGGUAGGCUUAGGUUUAUAUAGGGAAUGAUGGUGUGGUAUCGUUAAAUUUGGCGCCCAAAUGACGUCAUGAUUAAUAUUAGAAUUUUUUUUAAAAAGAUGAAAAAAAGGUCUAGAAUCGUAGUAGACCAUUAUGGGGACUAGUGAGAAAAAAUUGGAAGCAAAACAAAGCUUCUAAAGGUGAAAAAAAUCACGUGACCGCGGCUAUUUUGAAUAAUUUCAGGCCGUGUCACAAGACCGCGCGCAAUUGGGCAUGGGAAAUGUAGUGCGGCCGGAAUCAGGUCGCAUCUACAAACUACAAAAAAGAGGGAAGCUCCUCCUAGAAGGGGCAGGGAGCUAGUAAUGAAUAUCCUCCUAUACUAAAAUGGAGGAUAAGUAGCAUUAUGACUCCACAUGCUAGCAGCCAUGUUUUUGGAGUCCAUUAAUAAGGAAACCAUAUGUGUAAAUGAAGGGGACUUGGCAAAUAGAAAAAGGGUGUGAAUAAUACAAACAAUAGCAUAUAUCAAAAAUAAGAGGGCAGUACUUAAUAUAAACAGAUAAUAUAUAUCUUAAUAUAUAUAAAUAAUUAAUAAAAAUGUAUCAGAUAGAGACAUAUCAGAGAUAGGUAAAGCACGUUAUUGAAGUUGGUAAAAGGGAGAGGAUAUACAUACAUAAUUGUAAAAAAAAAAAAAAAAAUAAGGCAGUUAUAAGAAAUUGAAAAGAUCAAAAUCAACAUUAAGACCAUCUGGCAUAAUAGUUUUUAAAAGGAAAACCCAAUAUAUUUCUUUUUUGCCAAGAAUUUUAUUAAAAUCACCACCUCUCCAAGGAAUUUUACAUUUUUGUAUACAUAUACAUUUGAAAAGUUUGGGGUUUUUAUUAUGUCUUAAAAAGUGUUUGGAUACAGAAUGGUUGGGAUAACCCUUAGUAAUAUUCUGGCAGUGUUAGGCCAUUCUUGUUUUUAGGCACCUUGAGGUAAUUCCUACACAUUGGAGGCCGCAUGGGCACUCCAAUAGGUAUAUGACAUGUUUGGCGUUUCAGCAUAUAAGAUCUUAGAUAGAAUAGGACUUUUUAGUAUUAUUAGAUGCAAAGUGAGUGGUUUCUGAUCUUAUGCUGGGAUCUGUUCUUUUACAUACAAUACAUUGAUUUGGAUAAGAAGGACCCGGUUGACCCAGUUAUUGUUGACCCGUUUUUUUGUGUAAUUCUUAGUAAGGAUCGUUCUAAAAUUUGGGGCACCUCUAAAAACAACAUUGGGUCUAUCUGGAAUAAAAUCUUUUAAAACUUCGUCUUGUUUUAAUAUGUGUUUUUUUAAUAAUUCUUUUGACCAGGUUACUUUUAUCUUUAAAGUUAAAUAUAACCGGCAUAAAGUUAGAAUCUUUUUUUUGUCUCUAAUCUUGCAUUCUAAAAGUUCUUUCCUGUCUUUUUUUUGUGAUGGUCUCUAGAGCAUUGUUGAGAUUUCCCAAAGAGUGAUUUUUGUUGGUGAAUUUGUUUUUUAAUUCUAAGGCUUGUUUUUCAAAGUCUGUGAUGCGGGAACAGUUUCUAGUUAUAUUAUCUAAAACUAUGUACAUAGACGAAGCACUCAGGCAACUAAAUGAUCAAAACGUAUACAAUAAAUUAACCUCAGAUCCCACUCCCACCAUUACAGAAACUCUCAGAACAUUUUUAAAUACUGGUUUGGAGUCUAAUAUUUUAACUAAAAAAGAAUAUGACUAUUUAAAUGUCCUUUGUCCAAUAAUUACUGUUAUCUAGUUAUCUAUUUACAAAAAUGAGACCAAUCCCCCAGGUAGACCUAUUGUCUCCGGGAUGAAUUCUAUACUGUCUGUUGUAUACUAAUUUAUCAUAUUGAAUAAUGCUCUUUGUUUUGACUAAUUUUUUAAAUUUUUUAUUACAGCCCAUCACCCCACCAGUGGUUCAGAAGUUUCUAAAUACAAGGCGUCCUGGUCCGGGUUCUCAGACUGUAUUCUAUGGCAGAGCAAAUGAUCCCAAUAUUGGAAAAUUCAUGACACAUGGAGUGAGCACUCGCUCCUCAUACAGUGUAAGCAUUUACAGGUUUAUUAAACACAAUAAUAGGUGAAAAUACUUAUGUCCUUGUUAUGAGUGGUGUUUUAUUUUUAACUUUAAUUUAUUUUAAAUUUGGUAAUGCUCUGCAGUGUAAAACUAUAAUAAAGUCCAAAUGCUAAAAGUAGCAAAUAGCUAACUACUAGUAUAUACCAUAAAGACAAUCAAUAAUAUAUAGUUUACUAACCCUUUAACCAGGCAUUUUUAGGCCUUUGGUUUCCUAUGUAAAGUACAUCCAUCUUGCAUAAAUAUCAAUUCAUUAUAACUAGAAAAUGCACAAAUAUAAAGGCACUAUGUCAUCAAAAAGUAUGAAAAAUACCCACAGAUUUGUGAAAGGCAGAUAGUUGUACAUUAAAGGGACACUGUAGGCACCCAGACCACUUCAGCUAAUUGAAGUAGUCUGGGUGCUGUGUCCCUUUUGCACUUAGUGCUGCAAUAUAAAACACUACAGUUCAAGAGAAUUGCAACGUUUACAUUGCAGCUCUAAGUCUAUCAGACAGUGACAUAUUUAGCAAUUUUAACUACAUAUUGGAUUUAUCAUGGCAAAGUGGAGAUAGGAGAAUGUGUUUUUUUUUUUUUUUUUUAUCAUCGUUUUCUUAAUUUUGGGAUGGAAUUGCUUAAAGGUACCUUAUCAGUUGUGUCUAAUUUGUCAAAAUUUAUAUUUAAAUACAAGUAAGCCUGGAACUUUAGAGUAGGAUUGAAGGCACACUACAGGCACUCAACCAUUUAAUUGAAUUUAUUAUAGUGCCUGAAGUCUGCUGGCACUGUCCCUCCAUUCAAUCUUAAAUCAGUUUUGAGCUAUUAAUACUGAAUAAGGGUCACUGGCCACCCACAGGCUGGCACCCUACUGGAGGUAUGGCAAAGGCAGAGCUUGCACACUUAGUUCUAGCCAUACCAAUGGCUGAAAGUGGUUAGAUGGCAGUCUCAGUCAAUCUCAGUCUUCCUAUUGCUGCUCAAGCUUAUUCUUCCUCAAUUGCCCAAGCAGCACAUAGGGGAUGGUCUGCUGUGGACUGUCUUUAGUAUUAAAACAUUAAAAACAGUUGAAUGCUGAAUGGUAGGACAACAAGAGAGGUUGUCAAUCUUGUCCUUAGUGACCUGAAAAUCUUCAUCUUUUCAGUCAUCCACCAACACCUAUUUUACAUUUCUCACCUAUCAGUGACUUUUCUUAUUUUUAUUUAUAUAUAAUUUGAUUGUUAUGAAAACAUAAUGUACUUAUAACAGACCCCAUCAAAUUCUGUAUGAGCUUAUAGCAAGGUAGUUCUACACAUUUUUACUAACGCAAAAAACAUUAGUUUUUAUAUUAUCUAUUAUUUACUUUUCAGGCUGGCUUAUUAGUAAACCCACGGCCCAAAUCAUUAUUCCAGCAAAAGCAAACUGAAAAGAAGGAGUCGUUAUAUUUCAGCCAUCAGUGGAAACCUCUUGGAAAAUCACACGACCAGACAGCAGCUUUCCCUUCUUACUUAGACCUGAAUGGAUUUCCAUUUGGACAAACAAUCAGAAGAGGUUUGAUAAUUACGUUCUCUCGAACAUGAUUUCAUGUCCAUUUUUUUUCCAAAUUUUAGAAUGAUUUGACUUCUUACUUAGAGUCUGUUGAGUUUUGCUCUCCGUUUCAUCUACAUCAACCAGUGGACUCCUUGUGUGAAGGGAUUGCUCAUUGACCGUGAGCAUGAGCUUAUUUAGCUGAGAGCAUAAUGCUCCCACAUGUGUGGCUAAUGUAGCAGAGUUGAGGAGUGGGUUUUUUUUUUGUAAUGUUCCUUUAAUUCUUAUAUUCUGUUAUUUAGGCCAAUGUACAUACUGUUAUUGCUGCAUAUUCUUCACUUAAAGUGACACUUUAAGGUACUUUGCACUUAGUGAAACUGGAAUGUUUACAUUGAAGCACUAAGUCUGCAUCCAGAUUCGCUUCCUGGAUGUUAAUGGACUUUUGGACUGGAAACUGAUGAUGGACGUCCACAUGCUCUGCAGGAGGACAUCCAACGUCAGCUAUUUACCCAUAGGAAAGCAUUGAUUCAAUACUGUCCUAUGGGGAGAGCCAAUGCACACACAUUUAUUCACUGCCUGGGGUGGGCGCGAGUUAGGGGGAAGACAGAAGGAACUUAAGUGCCAGGAAUACAGCUUUGUAUUCCUGGUACUACAGUAUCCCUUUAAGUAAAGAAUAGUAUAUGCAGUGACAUAACUACCAGGGGUGCAACGGUUACUAUUGUGACUUGACAUUGGAGUUCUGCAUAUCAAGGUGGCAGCACAAGCCAGGCAGAUACACCCUCUGGCAAAACCAUUAUGUAGUAUAUUGAUAAUUUGGUGAAAUAUACAAAAUAUACCGGGUUACUGUGUUAGUGCUCUCAUUCAUUCAGUGAGCACCUGACUGGAAGCAUGUUUAAUACAUGUGGUCAGCAGCACCAAGGGACCGUCACGGAUCAUACCCCUCCUGGACUACCAGGAAUUAUAUUUACACUUCCUGAAAGGUAAGCAGGAGGGGGUAAAGACAUGAUUGUUUGUUUUUUAAAUAAUAUUAAUAACAUAUUAUUUGCAAUCUUAUAAUAUAUUAAACACACAAUCACACUCAACCAACUCCACGCAGAUUGCAUUUAGCCAAACUCCACACAAAGUCAUACUUAGCCAGCUCCAUGCACAGCCAAUUCGACACACACAUUUAACACUGAGAAAUCCACCACAAUCACACUCAGCCAAUCCCUGUACAAUCACACUAAGUCAUCACACACAUUCCACUCAGGUGUAUUGCUUAGGAUUUAGCAAUGAGGGGUGUCUUUUUAUUCUUGCAAUGGGGUCCAGUGGUUCCUAGUUAUGCACCUGACUACAUGAAUCCAAAUUAUAUGUUAUGUUAAGUUAAUAUUUUGCUUGGUUUUAAUUUUCUUUUGCGUUUUUGUCUGAUUUUCCUGAUAUUUCCAUGUAGGUUUAUCAGCAGGAGCAGUUCUAAAUCCUCCUAAGAGCUAUCAAGAACUUGACGAAGAGUCAAAGAAAGGACAUGAGUUGUAUGUGGUGACACAUAAUGAUUAUAAUGUUGGUGAGUGUAGUUAUUGAUAAAUAGUUUUACAAUUUAACACAAGUCAGUUGCUAACUUACAUAUCAUUUAAAGGACCACUUCGGGGACCAAAACAGCUUCAUCAUAAUGAAAGGAGGUCCCAGGUAACUUUUUACCUUACUGGGUUAAAACGACAAUGAACAGUUUAACCCCAAAUUCUGCAAAACAGUGCCUGAUUGCUCUACCCCUGCACUUACUCUGAAAGUUCAAGGGGUCACUGAUAGGCUCUUCAUUCAGAAAAGUGUGUGAAAAUGAUAUCUACCUUAAACAGUGCACAAUGAAAAGGUUUAGCCCCAAACAACCAUUUAUGUAUCAUAAAGCUCAAUUAUAGUCUCGAAACAGGUUGCGCCUAUUAGUAAUCAAAAGUAUAUAGACUAUGUAGCUAUACAAAAUGGGAGAGUCCAGAAAUAUGAUGAAUUUUAUCUUUAUUAUAAUUGUUCAGAGUAGUUCUUUAUGAGGAAUGAAUUUUUAUGAGACAGUUUUCGGUCACGAUCAGUUGUUCUCAAUAAGCUAGCAUGUGGAAUGAAAAUAAACACAGAAUAGUCCUCUGAUAGUGUAGUAUUUCUAAAUUAGUGUAUUAAUGAAAAAAAAAUGGAAAUGCACUUACAAAUAGAGAGCUACCAUCUAGCUCAAGACCAACAUUGUGUAGCAAGAUAUAUCUUGCUUAGGAACUGGCAGAUGUGUAUCCAUGCAGAACAAGCAAUGUGAGUAGGUGUGAUCCCAACCAUAGACUGAUGGAAUGUCUUAUAAGUGAUAUGUGGGCAUAAACACAUGGAGGAGAUUCCAAUAGUGUAGUAUUUUUAUAUCAGGUGGUCUCUGUGAUAAAAGUCAAAAAUACACUUACAAACAUGGAGCCUCACAAUCUGCUCUACCAGCUCGGAGCGGUACAAUUCCUGCUCUGGGAUAUAAGUAUGAAGUGUCCUUCCAAAACUGUCAGUAGAAUAUGGAAUACAAGCACAAAAGAGAAAACACAUAAUGCUCUCUGCUUAUGACAAUGCGUAGGAUAAGAGGAAAUGUACUUAGAUUUUCUGGAGCAAAGUAUUUGUUCUGUAAUAUCAGCGUGGUUGGUAUAAUCCUACUCAGGGAAUUUUCAGUGUAGAUAGCAGAGAAUUGACGAGAAUUGAGCAACGGGACUGCAAGGGCGUGAUCUAUACACCAACACUUCUUCAUUAAACUAAAUUUGUUUUGGUGCCUGUAGUAUCCCUUUAAGAAAGUUAACCACUGCAUACCUGAUGGAAAAUUAAUUCUAGUGAUGAUUCUCAGAAGUCCUCCCAAUGGACCUUCCACUGAAGCCACCUGAAUUAAUUGAGCAAAGGGACCUCUCUUACUUCAUUCAGUUGGCCAGCUAGGCUUAAUUUUGUUUGACUGUAUUAAUACACAGGUGAAAAAUGCUCUGCUUAUUACAUUUGAAUGAUCAUAUCACUGAUGCAUGUAGGCCGCAAUGUUAUAUAUAAUCCCAAUAAAAUUAUAACAUGACUGGCAUCUACACAUCUAUUUCACGUGCAUUGCUACAAUAGAACCAUCUCAAUACUACAUGCAAUGUCACGUCCUAUUAAAUCAUUUUCAUUUUGCAUUUUUUUUAUUGUAAAUGUUUUAUUCAUAUUUUUAUCUUGAAGGUGAAAUAAGAAACCGAAAAUAUGGUUCAACAAAUUUUCAAAAAGAUAAAACGUUUGGAAUGAAAACUCCACACUUCACUGAUGGCAGGAACGUAAGACGCUCGAUGCAAUGGCUUUCUGAAAAAUAUGGGUAACUAUUUUUCUCUUAGCAUUUAAGGAGAUCUCUCAAUCAAUAAUUUAUAUCAUUUAUGAAGAAAGUUAACAAUGAAGUAGAAAUACAUGAUAAGGAUUGAGAAUAUUGCAUACCCCUACUAGUAAAUAAAGCUUGCAGAAACAUGUAGGAAUAUUUUGAAUUAUCUCAUGGCCAGUUGUGCUGUUUGAAUGCAUUAGAACCAGCAAAUUGGACAUACAAGGGUCUCUAAAUUUGCUUAUGAUGUAACACAGUGGUUCCCAAACUUUUUAGGUUCAAGGUGCCCUUAAUAUUUCAGUAUUUUUCCAUGGCACCCCAAGUCAAAAUUUCUAGGUUGUAUAUCUGUACAGCGCUGCGGCAUUUACUGGCGCUAUAGUGUAAUGUACAGUGUUGGUGUUUGAAGGGGUGCUUGUAUACAUUUAUUGUGUUUUAAUACAGGGGUGUGUUUGGAUGUGAUGUUUGUGUUUUAUUGCAAGCUAUCACUUCCUCCCAGCCAGCUGACAUUACAGGGGCCCAGUCGCUGUCUUAAAGGACCGAGGCACCCGACCAGGUCCCUGUUGAGCAGUAAUGUUUCCCCGGUGCUAUAAUCAUAGCACCGGGAAAAUAUUCUGCGGCACCCCUGUGUGUACGUUGCGGUGCCCCAGGGUGCCACUGCACACAGUUUAGGAACUGCUGAUGUAACGCGUAGACUGAGAUUCCUUUCUGAGAUAUUAUAAUUUUUUCUGGGCCACAUAGAUAUAGCAUGCUCCUCUCUGGUUUAUGGUGUUACUGUGGUCCCUAAAAUUUUUAUUAUUUAACUCACUCUGACAAUUUUUGAGGCCCCAUUCUAAGCUUUGCUUUUGAUCUAAAAGUAAUUAAAUACGAUUAGGUUAGGUUUUAUUAUGUUACUUUUUUAACCCAUUUACAACAAGUCACUUGUCAGAACUGUCACAAAAUAAUAUGUUCCUAGAGGAGCAGUGAUGCAGUUGGCACAUUAUACAAAAAUUAUUUGCUAAAAUGCCAAAUAAAGUAUAUUUCUAAUGACUCUAGGCCCAUUGCCAUUAGAAUCCACUACCUACACAGCAUUUUAUGUAUGUGAUCUCUUUCAUAAUCGAAUAAAUAUGAGGAAACUGUGAGCAGACAUAGGUAGCAUAAAUGAGUGUUUUCCAAACUUCCCUCUAUUAUAUUUGUGAGAGGUAGAGUGAAAGUCGUGCAGAGUGCAGACCCUGCUCAAGGAUUUUCCAAAUGAACAUUUUAUACUAAAGUUAUUUAUAGCCCCUUAAUAACUGUUCCUGUACUGUGAAGGAGUAAUUAUAAUGAUUGUGCUUUUAAUCAUUAAGUUUGGUUUACAUAGUUUCAUAGUUACAUCGUAAAACAAGAUAAAAAAAGAGUUAAGUUCAUCAGAUUCAGUCUUUUACAUAUCUGUAUUUCUACUGUUUGUGCAAAAAAAGACAAACCCCCCAAAAAAACUGUUUACGGCCAUUUCCAUUUUAGUGACAAAUUGGGAGAGAAAAAAAUCCGCUGACUGGAUCAAUUUUGCCAUUAGAUCACUUAUUGACUGUUUUAUCCUUGAAUAUUAUGUUUUUUUCAAGCAUCCAGAUAUUUUUUAAAAAUCUGUACAAAAUCUGAAUAAAUAUACUCUUUAGGUAAUGAAUUCCAAAUGGUUAUAGUUCUUAGUGUAAAGAGCCCUUUCUUCUGCUUUAGGCAAAAUAACCUCUGAUAAAGUCUACAGUAAGUGGGUGACAAAAUGAACCGGUUGCAAGAGAGCUAUUUGUACCCUAAUAUAUAUUUGUAUAAUGUUAUUAUAUUUCCUCUGAGCUACCUUUUUAUAAAUGUAACAAGUUCGUGUUUUCUAGCCUCUCUACGUAGCUAAAACCUUCCAUUACAUUUAUUAUUUGUAUCCAGCCUCUGCACUCUUUCUUAGCCAAUAACGUUCUUCUUCCAGACAAUUACAUGCACAUUUAAAUAAAUAUGGUAGGUGGGAAAAAAAAGGCCAACAGAAAAAUAGUUAGCUAGUGCCUUUGUAAUUUAUGUAUUUAAGAUCAGUACUUAGUUGGGUAGUCAGGUGACCAAACGUAAAAUACAAAAGAUUUGUUAGCUAGUAACAAUGUACUUGAUGUAGGUAGUUAGGUGGUUGGAUUGACUGCAUCCUGACAGGUGGUUAGCUUGUAAAUAAAUUUAUUUAUUGAGUUGAGAAGGCAAAGACUAUGGGUAAUUACAUUAUUGUAUGCAAUUGGCAAACUAAUUUGGGGUGUCUGGUAGGAUUCUAAGUUAAUUAAAUGAGACAGGGUUGCAUAAAAAAAACUAACUUAUAUGAGGAUGAACACCAAUGUCAUAGGCAAUAUACAACAAAACCUCUAUUAAUUAUAGAAAAUUGCAAUAAAAGCAAUAAUCACAACAAGAUUUGCAUCAAUGACAUAGUCCUUGUGCAUUUACCUUAGCAAACAUUAAAACAAAAAAAAAAGUGCAUUAAAAAAGAUAUCCUGUAUAUAAAAAGUGAAAAUAAUAAACUUUAAUUAAAACUCAUUUUGGUAAAAAGCACAUAAAUUAUAAUUAGAACUUACUAUCAGUAUAUUAUAUAUUAUAGUACUUCACUGCUCAGCUGUUCUGUUUGGGUUGCUGUCUUUCCUUAAUUUAUAAAUAUAUCUUGUAUUAAUUAUUACCCACAAUCCUAGUUGUUUUUUAACGUUAAGACACAAGACUACCAUCAGGCUGAAACCUUAAUGCCCCAAAUCCUAUUCAAACGUUUCAGCAUUAACUAAUGCUUUUCUCAAGGGACAAUCAUAAAGCCUAUAAAACUGUAUUGUGCAUGUCUCAAAUUACUUGGAUGCUUUUGUGAGGGUAGUUUGAAUUGGUUUACUAAAUAAUCAUAAACAAGACAUGGGUCCAGCAGCAAUCUGUCAGAAUUCCAGGUUUGGAACAUGGAAUGUGCAGUUUUCUCUUUUGGCUCUGUAAUAUCGCAAAAACCUGGCAAACUUAUACGUAAGGACAAUGCUGCAAUCAUAUGUUUUUUUUUUUUUUUGCAUCCACGAACUAGGAUUACAAAACUCCCAAGAGGAAUUCACACACAAAAAAUAAAUAUUUCCACACAAUUUGACAGACGUAAAUUAUAAAAUGCCUACUUGAAUAGUAUUGCAGUACUUGUGUGAAAUACCCCAGGGUGUAUAACUUUAAAACAAUGUUGUACUGCAAAAGAGAGAACAUUUUUGUAUCGGAGCACUUUCUCAAAUCAAUAUUUUUUUUCAUGAGCUUCUUUAUUUAUGUAUAAAAUAUGAUAGGCAAAGUUUUGAAAAAAAAGUGUUUCAUAUUGUGUCUCUUAUUUUCUGUUCAUACUAAGUAAUGAUAUAUAUAUAUAUCUAUAUAUAUAUUAUAUGUAAUAAUAUAUAUAUUAUAUGAAAUAAUGUUAAGCUGAACUUGAAGGUAAGGUCAAAGGCCUAAAUUCUCCUGAAAGUCCUUCCACAUUGGGGUCAACUCAGUGUGGUAUCUCUAAAUAAUGUUCCCAUUCAUGUAAUUAAAAAUUGACAUAAUGAAGUUCUUUGCUACGUUGAUGUUUCUUUGGGUACCUACAUAAUCAUCUGGUUGAUUUUCAACAAGCUUUUCAGAAGCUUGAAAUCUAACUUGUAUGGAUAUAUAAACAGAUUUACAUCGAUAUAUCACUAGUGUGUGUUAUAAUUGUAUACACUAUCUAAACUACAUUGGUCUAUUUAGGUCUUCGCUUACAGUGGUCAUGCCACUUCACAAACCCUUUAAUGCUCGUUUUCAUGUUGGCACUUACAUACUGGGUCUGCAGAUGUAAUGGAUCUCAAAAGAGCCUUUACUGGUUUUCUAUGGAAAGUGAUUCAGAACAAAUUCAUAACAAAAAUACCAAUGUCGUUUUAUUCCUGAAUGUGCAGGUUUCCCAAUAAAAAUGUUGGAUAUUUGGACUGAUCUUACAGAGAUCAGCCCAUGUAAAUUCUCAUUUUAUACUCACAGUUUCUGUCACGUACUGUGACCGUUAACCCUUGAUAAGGUUUGAUAAAGGUCACAGUAGCAACAAAACAUUGCCUAUGUAUGAAAUGUUCCAUUAAAAAGGCUGUCACAAUUAAGAAUGCUGAGUGCCUUUAUUUCCUUGCUUUGUGUACUAUGUAUAUUUGGAUAUGUGGCCACCUCCAUAUUCAAGAGCACUGUGCUCUUGUGUUCUGCGCAUUAUUUAAAAGAUACACAUUUUUGUAAUUGGAGUUCAGUCCCCUUUAUUUGGUAUUUGGUGAGACACAUGCCUGUUAAUAUAUGAAUGUACUGUUCUAACUAAAAAGGAAAUCUUAGGAUAUCUUGUUUUUGUAGGGAAACAAAUAAGAAUCAAUCCAUUUUAUCCUUUCAUAAAGCAAUUCUUAUGUCUAGAAAAAAGAAUUUUUGUAAGUCCUAAAUUAUUGUAUAUACAUUUUUACAGGAAAGAAGGUGCAAACAUUGUUUUUAAAAGGCUUGAUGACUUCAGAGAGCGUACACAGCCUCAGGUCGGAAAAGGUCUUGACCCGUAAGUAGAAUACUUUGCUAUUGAAUGUUCUAUGACAUUAAUUAUAUUUCCAAUUUACCUUACAAAAUAUCCCCAUUUAUUUACUGUUGAUAUGUCAUUGAUAUUAGCUUUAACAGCUAUGAAUGAGACCCUUUAAGUUACCUAAGACUUGCACAUUGUAAACAUACCAUCCAGUUUGGCGACAAAGGUAGAAAGUUGUUUAGUUGCGCAAUGAACGUCUUCACCAUCCUUUCUUCUCUAGUGGAUGAAUGGAUGAACCAUGCAAUUACCCACCCCACAUACUGUUUAUUACUAUAUAUAUAUAUAUAUAUAUAUAUAUAUAUAUAUAGUAAUAAAACAUGUCUAUUUUAUUUCUCUUUUAACCCUUUUUAAAAGAAUACCAAUACCUUGCAGUGGUAGCUGUACAAACCACAAUCCCUCUUAUCCUUAAAGGUUUACUCCAACCACCAAGACCACUUCAGUGAUUUGAAGUGGUCAUGGUGGUAGGAGUCUGGAUGUGCAGCUUUUAUGCUUGAAACACUGCUCAUUCAGAGAUUUCUGCACUUGUGUGGCGGGCGGGUAGUUACACCCCCGGCACACGUGACUUUGACAGCCUGGAACUCUGUUCAGGAGUGCCAAAUGUCAAUUCUGUGCAUAUUUCAAUUCUGUUGUCAGCGAGCAGUGCAUGAUGGCAACAGAGAUAGCCAUUUUCUCUCUUGCAUCAUGCUUGCAAAGGGUAGCUCGCUAUCUCUUCUUUUCCUCCCUCCUUUGUGUGGGAGAGGGAAUAAAAUAAAUAAAAGAUAAAAAUAAAGUUAAAAAUCCUAACUCCCCUAACUGUGCGCAUGUGAGGAUAUGGUGCUCCUCAUUUGUCAGGCAGCUGAAGAGCAGAUGACGUGAGGAUGUGAUGCUCCUCAUUGGCUUGUGACUGCCAUUUAUAAAUGGAUGCUGAAGUCAGUUCCGCAAUUACGUAAUUUUUUUCGCCUACCCCUGGGGGAGCUGGUUAGUACCCCUGGGUGUACACGUACUACAGGGUGGAAACUGCUGAUGUAGAGCAAUCACCAUACACAUCCUGCAUGGUGAUAUGUCUUUUUAAGGGAUACAUGGAUUUAGUACAAAGUUAUCAAAACUAUUCCUCACAUUCAAUAUUCCGUCUCCAUUAAAACAAUCCACACUCACAACAAGUGCAGUUGCCAUUAAACAAACAAUAAGGAUUUCUUCAGUUUUUCAUUUCAAAACACUCACUGUUAUAAAUAAUUAAAAAAAAUAAUCACUCCAUUGACAGGUGCCAUUUUAACUUAUUGUGUUUUUUUUUUUUUUGUAUUCUCUAAACCUCAUCCCAAGCACAACUAUUGUCUCUAUCGGGAAGAGAUAAUUUGCAGUCUAAUAAUACACACUAAAUUAUGGCAUAUAAUAUUCCCGUUAUAUGGGAAUGGUCACUACUCAGGAUUUUAAAAUAAUGCCUAUGUGUCCUUAAACUUACCAAAUAUUUUUAUGUGUAAAUAAAUAAAUACAUUUAGAAAUCCAAACUGUGUUGUUUAGCUCUAUCCUAGAACUGGGAGUCUCAAUUAUGGCUCUCUGCCAGUCAUUGUUAUACAUUCAGUUUUUUUGGAAGGCAGCAUAGAGAGAACAUAAAGUGGAGCACUGUUUAUCCCCCUCCAUCCUCUGACUUUUCCUGGAAUGAACUGCAUUGUGAUAUGGAAUGCAAAAUCUUGAAUAUACAUUUUAAAAUAAAAGAGAUCAUGCUAUGUAAAUAAAAAAGUUAUUUUUUACAAGUAUUGCUUCGUGUUUACAGCCAAGAUUAUUUUCCCAAAAAACUUUAAAUCAUAACAAAAUUAAUUUAAAUACUAACAUAGGCUCCUCUCCUAUUACUUCCAGACAGAAACAAAUUUACUGUGAAUUAUGGGAGCUAUAGCAACAGAUCAUGAUAACAAUGCAUGCUUUAUACCUUCAGCAUUACACACUUUUCAGCCCAAUCCCUGUCCACAUUAACUAAUAUCUCUCCUGUUUUUUUUUCUUUUUAAUAAAGUGUUUUUUUUUCACUCACUUUUGUUUCACCACAUUGUAGCCAACAGUUCACCAUCAUACCCCCCAACAUCACUUUCCCAUGAAUAGUGAACCAUAUGUCACCCAGGCAGACUGCUCCCACCUCCUCCAUUUGGUGCAUUACUGACUGAUGCCAACUAUUACUAAAUAACGACAAAGUGAAAUCCUGUCAAUUAUGCCAAAUGUAAUGAUAUUGUAGCCUAAAAUAUUAUAACAUUCAGUAUAUUUAUUGAUAAAUGUGUUGAUAUACAAGUGUAUCAUAAGUACAAAAACCACCUAUUUCACUAUAUGUAUCUCAGUGGGUUUUUAAAGGUAUGCAUUAAUAUUGAUAGAUUUUAUCAACUUAAAGGGACACCAUGGGGUCAGGAACACAAACAUGUAUUCCUGACACUAUAGUGGUAAAAUCACUAUUUAGGUCACCUAGCCUCCCCUUGCCUCCCUUUAAAAAGAUAUUAAACUCUGUGGGGGAACUGGGGGGUGGGGGAGAGGAAGUGGAAGCUGGGAAAGGGAUGAUUUCCCCUCAGCCCAGUAAUCAGAAUCCCGGACCCCGCUCCCGACACGUAGCUUUCCAGGAGAUAGAGUCUGUCCCCGACUUGUGAUAGGAAUGUGUUGAUCCCAAUAGGUGGAAACAGUAACAUUCGGACCUGGCACCAUGUGGUGACCUUAUCCUCUUUCCUCCUUCCCCAAUGUCCCAUUCACUCCUUCUUAUGUCCCUCACCCUCUUCUCCCUCUUCUCCCUCUUCUAUUGCCUUUAAUCCUCACAGAUGUGUUUUUUGGGUUGGUAUCAUUGCCAUGGUCUGACCAUCUAGGUCAGUAGGGAAGCGUUGCGAGUAUGAGGAAGAGAGUUACGUCCGGGGGCAACUUUCACCCUCUAUGUGUACUGUUUACCUUGUUAUUCCUUUCCCCAUUAGAUAAAAAACAAAAACUUGCUGACGGUUAGUUUAUUGUGCAUACUACUUUUUUCAUUUCAUUCUGCCUCAAGUUGGGGUCACCUGUAAUUGCACUAAAUGUCUUCAUAUUUGUGCUGUGGAUGGCCCUGCUCCACUUCCAUGGCUGAGAUUAUCAUUUAAAUGAUAUCAGCCAAUCCAAUGCUUUCCCAUAGGAAAACAUUGGAAGGCUAUUGCACAUGCAUGUCAAAAUGCCACGCUGCUUUAACCAGCAUCUCUUUGUAGAGAUGCAUUGAAUCAGUGCAUCUCUAUGGCGUGUGUUUAUUGUCUACAUGCCGAGCACAGAGAUGCUGACCAUCAUUGCAGAACAUUGUGCAGCACUUACCAAGGAAGCACCACUAGUUGCCGUAUGAGUGAUUGCCACUGGAGGUGUCACUAAGCAGUAAUGUAAACACUGCUUUUUCUCUGAAAAGGCAGUGUUUACAUUAAAAAGCUUGCAGGGACUGACUAUAGACACCAGAACAACUACAUUAAGCUGUUGUUGUUCUGGUGACUAUAGUGUCCCUUUAAUAUCAAUGUAUGUUUCAGUAAUGAUAUAUAGUCAGGUGAGAAGUCCAGCUGACCAGGGAUCUAAAUAUUGUUUGGCAUUUUAAUAUGUAUUUAUUUAGAAAUAGAACAGGCAUUCUAGUAAAUGUAAUCGGAUUCAUUUUACUGACAGGGUUAAUCACAAGUAACUGAUUACCUUAAAAUCCCACUAACAAUGGGUACAUCUACAAGCGUACAAUGGUAAAAUGCCUGACUAGCCAAGGCUGGUUUGUUCUAAAUGAAGGAAGAUCAGAAUGAAUCUAAUAUAGUAUUUUAAUAAAGUGAUUAUUAAACCUUAAUGGAUAUGAAAAUAGCUGACCUUAUGUAGAUAUUAAUAUGCAUAAAAUGUUAUAUGAAAAUAAAAGACUAUGGAUGGCAUAUGAUCAAAUCACAAUUUAAUUUUACCAUCAAGUUGAUUAUAAUCUAAUAUUGUUAAUUUUGUCAGAUAUUGUAUUAAUAUAGUUACACAGUCAGUGGCAAUGGUAAAUAAGAGGUGUCUCCCUUAUAUAUAAUAUUGAAAAGCAUUAAGCAAGAAACAAUAUUAAAAUAUUACAAACCCAAAGAACCAAGGCUUUCCUAUGGGACAGUAAAGACCAUGGAUCACAAUUCUAUUAUUUGAUCUAGAUUAAAGGGACACUAUAGUCACCUGAACAACUUUAGCUUAAUGAAGCAGUUUUGGUGUAUAGAACAUGCCCCUGCAACCUCACUCCUCAAUUGUCUGCCAUUUAGGAGUUAAAUCCUUUUGUUUAUGAACCCUAGUCACACCUCCCUGCAUGUGACUUGCACAGCCUUCCAUAAACACUUCCUGUAAAGAGAGCCCUAUUUAGGCUUUCUUUAUUGCAAGUUCUGUUUAAUUAAGAUUUUCUUAUCCCCUGCUAUGUUAAUAGCUUGCUAGACCCUGCAAGAGCCUCCUGUAUGUGAUUCAAGUUCAAUUUACAGAGAAAGAGAUACAAUUAUUUAAGGUAAAUUAGAUCUGUUUGAAAGUGAAACCAGUUUUCUUUUUCAUGCAUGCUCUGUCAAUCAUAGCCAGGGGAUGUGUGGCUAUUGCUCCAUAAACAGAAACAAAGUGAUUUAACUCCUAAAUGACAGUGAAUUGAGCAGUGAAAUUGCAGGAGAAUGAUCUAUACACUAAAACUGCUUUAUUUUGCUAAAGUAAUUUAGGUGACUAUAGUGUUCCUUUAAUAAGCUCGAUUUCAUAUCACCACAAUCUUAUGUUGAGAAUCCAAUAAAUAUAUGAUUACAUCAGAUUUUAAUAAGUAUCCUUAACUACUAUGAUGUGUAUAUUAGUAAUACUUGGCAGAUAUAGCUCUACAUUAAUGCCAGUGCUAAUAUUCUUGGAAUUAAAAAUUAAGCUAUUACCCACACAUCAAAUUAAUCAUCAGGAAUGCAGAUAAUCAGUGCUACCAAAGGGUGGUUAGAUACCACCAACUUAUAUAUAACUAAUUGUAUAUAUAAGUAAUACUUUUAUUGUCCACCAGAUGCAGUAUCAUACCUCCAAUUUAUAAAUUAGGUCUUAAAAAUACUUCCCUGAGUACAGUGACCUUUAAUUAUUUAAGAUUUUUUUUUUUAUUCACAUUUUAUUUAUAAGAGUUGAUUUCAUAUAAAAUUUUAUGCGUAUUAAUAUCUUCAUAAGGUCAACUAAUUCAGAUCAUUAUUAAAAGUAUCAUGGCUAUUUUCAUAUCCAUUAAGGUUUAUGUGCAUUGAUCAGCGGCUUUUUUUUCUGAUCAUUAAACCCAUAAUAUCUCACAUAAUAUAUUACUGUUAAUCUUAUUAACUAAGUCACGGUAUAUUGUUUUAGAUAAUUGUGUAAAAUACUCGACAAUAAUGAUUCUGUCUUAGUUUAUAAACUGGUAUUUUGUAUGGUAAAUUCAAGUACUAUUACCUCCUUAACGAAGUUAGGAUGUUUCAUGCUGUCCUCCACACAGUGGGCUUUAAUGACAUUAGAAAGGUAUGGAACGUCCUAACGUUUUGAUGUAAGCAGGAUUAUUAUUAUUAUUGCCAUUUAUAUAGCACCUACUAUUUUCAUAGAGCAAUAAACCUCUACUCACACCAGUGAUACCCAUGUAUCAGUUGAUACCAAGGGCAUACCCUGUCAACAGAGGCAACAUUUUAUGGCCCAGACUGACAGAUGAGCUAUAUGCAGCACUCAAAGUGCUAAAUCACAGAGGCUUUGGGCAAUAGGUCAGGCACCACAUCCUCUUCAUCUGGACUGUUUCAGGCAAACAGCCAAAACUGUAGUGCUCCUGGUACCCCUUCAAUAUAUUGACAUGAACCAUGCUCUGGAGGUGCCGCUGGUGGUCCUUGGUUACCAUGUAAACUGUGUCGCUAACACUCCGGACAAUAGUAUGCAGACCGUGCCAUGCAGCUGGUAGCUUAUUGGCUGGGGAGGCUACCAGGCUCGAGCUCCCCGAUCAUACCAAACCAUAUGCAGCCAUGUUCUUCUGGACCAAUCCACAGGGGCCUCCAACCUGUUCCUCAGCUCUAACAUGUAGGGAACUAUACAGACGUUCUCAUUGUCAUUGUCUCCCUCCCAGAAAUCCCAGAGCAAGUUCAAGGGCCCCCGCACCCACCAACCAUACAAGAACUCAGGUGUAAAUCCUGUAGAUUUUUGUGGAACUUUGUGGUAUGUGAGGGAGCAACUUCUCUCAAUCUGGUUCCUUGUCCACAAAGCUUCAAAGCAUAACCUUCAGAGAGCUGUUAAAAUGCUUGCAAAGGCCAUUGGUGUGGGAGGGUAGGGGCCAUAUCAGAGCUGCUUCACAUCGCCAUGCUGCUAGAGUUGAUAGACCAGUGCAGACAUGAAUUAGGUGCCCUGGUCCAACAAUAUCUCACUUGGAAAACCAAUGCGGGUGAACACGGUCACCUAGGUGUCUGCAACUGCGUCUGUUCUAUUUUGGGAAAGAGCCACAGUCUUAGGGAACCAGGUGACAUAAUCCACCAACGUGAGGAUUAACUUUUUCUCGGAUUUGCUCGGACAGGCCAAGGGUCCCACGAUAUCUAUUGUGACCCUUUGGAAGGGGGUUCCCACUGUGGCCAUAUGUUGGAGCAAUGCCUUUCCUUUACCAAUCCGCUGACAUGGAUCACAGGAGUUACAUAACUGCUAAUGGUCUACAAGGGGUGGCCAAUAAAAUGCCUUUGUUAGUAUGGCCCUGGUCUUACUAACACCCAUGUGACCCCCAUUACCCUUUUCCCACUCCUCAACACAAUGGACCGGCCACUUCAAAGCAUUCAGGACCUGAGACCGGCAGGGACAAUCCCUCACAAAGUGGCCUGGAUGCUGGCCCCCAUGGCAAACAAUGGGGUGCCACACUCCAGGAUUCUGUGUGGAUUUGAUGGGCAAGCUUUCUCCCUUUCUGGGUCAGCAGACCUCUCUCUUGCUGAGGUUGCUGCUUGGGUAUGGAGGUUUGGCUAACAAAGUCAUCUGGUCUGAUGCAACUGGCUUACUGGAGUUUGCUGCGGAUGCUGUUCGUGCUGGAGUUGCUGCCCCGGGUCUGCCAGUACUGCUUUGCAUGAUCAGCAUCAGCACUGGCAGUGGUGGGCUUCCUGUCCUGGACCCACUGCUUUAUGCCAGCAGGACAAACAGUAUAAAGCUGCUACAGGUAAAAUGCCUUAAGAGCCUUCUCAAAACAGUCCACCUCACUCCCCUUCCGCCAACACGCAGAGCAUGCUCACUCCUCCACAUGUAUUCCAGGGGUAGCAUAUAGGUCUUGAAACCGCAUCCGUCAGGCCUUUGGGGUGACAGUGUACAGGGCAAGAAGGGCUCACUUGAAGGCUAGUAGUCUUCCUGUUGCUCUCGGGGGACAGCAAUGCAACCAGUUGUACAACACAGGAACCCACUCAUGAUGGUAAAGGCUGUUAAUCUCGCACUGCCGCUCAAAUUUCUGGAGGAACCCAUCAAUGUCAUCUUUGCCAUCCUUGAACAUGGAAAAGCUGUGGAUGGACACUUUAAUCUUGGGUCCCUCUGCUAGGGCCACACAGGGGGAGGUGACUUGGUGUGGUGCCUCCCCAACUCUGCUCUCCUUUUAGACCACCUUGUACAGUGGUGGACUCACCCAGCGACAUCCGAUCACCUAGAAUGGCACCCACUCCUGAAACUUCUUGGCCAACUACCCUUGAGGGAUGUCCUUUGUUUUUAUCCCACAACACAAUAACCCUGGACAUUUCAAGGGAAAGGUUAUUUUGUCACACUGAGCAAUUGCACUCAUCCACAGUGAUUCUCAUGUUGCCAGUGCUCUUCUGAAAAGACCUUGGUGGGUUCUUCUUGCAUUCUUCACCUGACAAUUCGUGCUUGUCUUUUCCAGCUGCACAGCACCGAUCACAGUGUGAUCUGCAGGACAGAAUGCUGAUUGCAAUGUUUUAGUGUGAGAAGGAUAGCUUCUACCCUUGCCUUAAUGCUGAGAGUGCACCUGCAUGUGUAAGCCUAGUUCUCCUCUCCUUACUUUGGUGCACACUCUCUCCACCCCUCUCUAAUACUAUUUUAAAUCUUACAUGGCUACACAAAAUCUUAGCAAACAAAUAUGGGGACUCAGUCACACUAAAUGGCCAUAUUGUGUUAAGCCCACAACUAUGUCACAGUACCCAUACAUAUUGGGCUUCCGUGAUGUAGUGGUAGACUUAACACAAUAUGGUCAUGUGGCGUAGAUGAAUCCCCAUAAUUGUUUACUAAAAUAGUUGAUUUUCAGUAGCCUUGUAAGAUUUAAAACAGUAUUUGUUUGUGUGUGGUGUUCUCUUAAUCUGUAUUUUGUACAUUUCAAGUGAAGCAGACAGUAAAAGAUACACAGUUUGAAACAUACUAAUAUGUGUUUCUUAUUGCAGUAUGGCAGACACUAGGAAUCUUCCAGCAGAUCAUACAUUUGGUGCUCCUCUCCAACAUGAAAAAUACGGUAAAGUUUUAUUGCAUUGGGACUUUAUUUUUUGGAGCAAAUGUUUUGACAUUUUCUAACAAAAAUAAACAAGGUGUGCUUACAUUGUUACAUAGAAACAUAGAAUGUGACGGCAGAUAAGAACUAUUCGGCCCAUCUAGUCUGCCCAAUUUCUUUUAAAUACUUUCAUUAGUCCCAGGCCUUGUCUUAUAGUUAGGAUAGCCUUAUGCCUAUCUCAUGCAUGCUUAAACUCCUUUACUGUGUUAACCUCUACCACUUCAGCUGGAAGCCUAUUCCAUGCAUCCACUACCCUUUCAGUAAAGUAAUACUUCCGGAUAUUAUUUUUAAACCUUUGCCCCUCUAAUUUAAGACUAUGUCCUCUUGUGGUGGUAGCUUUUCUUAUUUUAAAUAUAGUCUCCUCCUUUACUGCGUUAAUUCCCUCCGUGUAUUUAAAUUUUCUAUCAUAUCCCCCGUGUCUCGUCUUUCCUCCAAGCUAUACAUGUUAAGUUCCUUUAACCUUUCCUUGUAAGUUUUAUCCUGCAAUCCAUGAACCAGUUUAGUAGUCCUUCUCUGAACUCUCUCUAAAGUAUCAAUAUCUUUCAGGAGAUACGAUCUCCAGUACUGCGUACAAUACUCCAAGUGAGGUCUCACCAGUGUUCUGUAUAAUGGAAUGAGCACUUCCCUCUUUCUACUGCUAAUACCUCUCCCUAUGCAACCAAGCAUUCUGCUAGCAUUUCCUCAGAUGUUGAGGUUAGGACUCUAUCAAAUAUUCUGUACUCUGCCCUUGGGUUUUUACAUCCAUGCAUAGCCUGAAAAGAGACAUGUGUCCAUCAAGCUCAUGCUUUCUCACAUCUGUUUUUGCUGUUGAUUUCAAUGAAUGCAAAAACAAAAAUUUGAAGCACUUCCAAUUUUGCAACAAAUUAAGAAAAACAUUCUUCUUGACCCCAGAAUUGCUGUCAGAUUUAUUCUUGAAUCAGGAAGCUAUAACCCCACAAAUAAAAAAAUUAUACCUUUGAAUAUUAUGUUUUUGCAAGUAUGCAUCCAGUUGCUGUUUAAACAUCUGUACAUACUUUAAUAAAACCACUUCUUCAGGCAGAGAAUUCCGCAUGCUUAUUGUUCUCACUGUAAAAAAAAUCCUUUCCUCUGCCUUAGACUAAAUCUCCUUUCUUCCAGUCUAAUCGCAUGACCUUGUAUCCUAUUAUGUCCUAUUUAUGAAUAGAUUUCCAGACAUUGGUUUGUAUUGACCCCAAAUAUAUUCAUAUAAUGCUAUUAUAUACCCUCUGAGGCACAAUUUUCUAAUCUAAAGAGGUUUAAAUUCGUCAUAACUAAAAUUUUUCCAUUCCUUUUAUUAAUUUUGUAGAUUGCCUGUGCAAUUUUUCUAGUGCCAUAAUAUCCUUCUUUAGAACAGAUGUCCAAACAGUAUAUUCAAGGUGUGGCCUUACCAGUGAUUUAUAAAGAUUUGUAAAAUUAUAUUCUCAUCCUGAGAAAUAAUGCCACUUUUUAUACAUGUGAAUACCUUACUGGCCUUAGCGACUGCUGAUUGACAUUGCACAUUGUUGUCUAGUUUGUUGUCUAUAACAAUUCCCAAAUCUUUCUCGUGUGUUGUUAUCCCUAAUUCACUAACAUUUAGGGUGUAAGUUGCCUGUGCAUUUUUUACCCCUAAGUGCAUAAAUUUGUGUUUUUCUACAUUAAAUAUAAUUUCCCAUUUGAGUGCCAAAUCCUGCAAUCUAUCUAAAUCCAACACUAACCUAUUGUGUGUAACUGUAUCAAAAACACCAUGGCAAAAUCCAAGCAUAUCACAUCCGCUGCAACACCCUGAUCUAUACUUCUACUUACUGCUGCAUAGAAUGAUUUUUGCUAAUAAAAAUGUUCUUUUCAAUGAAUUCCUGAAUAUUAUCCCUUAAUAACCUUUCAAAUACUUUCCCAGCCACAGAAGUGAAGCUCACAGGUCUAUAAUUUCCAGGCAAAGAUUUUGAACUCUUUUUUAAAUAUAGGAACUACAUCUGCCUUCCUCCAACCCUCCAGUAAAAAUACUGAAAGAACAGAAUCUUGCAAGAUUUAGAACAGAUGUUUACUUAUUUCCACAAGUUCAUUAAUUACUCGUGGGUGAAUACCAUCAGGCUCUGGAGCUUUGUUUAUAUUAACUUUCUUUAGUUGCUGCAACACAUUGUCUCCAGUCAUUCAAUAACACUUUUUCUGCACAUUUUUUGCAGCAAUCAUUUGUAUAGCUCUAGCCAUAGGUUCUUCAUUAAUAUAUACCGAGGAGAAACAUUUAUUUUAAAUCUCUGCCUUUUCCUUGUCUUCAUUACAUCCUGGUUUUUAGUGUACCUACACUUUCAUUUUUGUAAUUUUUUUUUAGCAUUUAUGUACUUAAAACUGUUUUGGGAUUGGUUUUGCACUCUUUAGCUAUUACUUUUUCAUUUUGUAGUUUAUCGAAUCUAAACACCUUUUUGCAUGCAUUAUAGGCUUUCUUAUAUAUUUUAAAGGAUGCCUCUAAAAUGUAAAUCUAAAUGCUUUAAUUGUCCCUUUCUUAUUUUUAAAGGAUCACUAUAAGGUCAGGAACACAAACAUGUAUUCCUGACCCCAUAGUGUUAAAAUCACCUUCUAGCCCCCCUGGUUCGCUCAUGCCUCCAUAAAUAUAGCAAAAUCUUACUGUAUUCAAGCCUGAAGCUGUAUAUCUGCAUGCUGUUUGCCUUAAAACAAAAAAAAGCAGUCUGCUGACAUCAUCAGCAGUGGUAGCCUGAUCCAAUCACAGUGCUUCCCCAUAGGAUUGGCUGAGACUGACAAAGAGGCAGAUCAGGGGAAGAGCCAGCAUGAUUCAAACACAGCCCUGGCCAAUCAGCAUCUCCACAUAGAGAUGAAUUGAAUCAAUGAAUCUCUAUGAGGAAAGGUCAGUGUCUGCAUGCAGAGGGAGGAGAUACAGAAUGUUUGGAUGCAUUUUAGGCAGCCAUGCCCCAGGAAGGAUCUCUAACAGCUAUCUGGGGAGUGGCCAGUGAAGUUAUCACUAGACUGUAAUGUAAACACAGCAUUUUCUCUGAAAAGACAGUGUUUGCAGCAAAAAGCCUGAAGGUAAUGAUUAUACUCACCAGAACAAAUUCAAUAAGCUGUAGUUGUUCUGGUGACUAUAGUGUCCCUUUAAUGAUUUACAUUCCCAUUAAGAUAUAGGUUGAAUUUAAUUUGUUUCUUUUAUGUUUAUUACCCUAUGGUACAUAUUGAGAAAGUUACCUUUUUUUUGUAGAUAUUAUUCUCAGUGUUUUUUUUCACUAAAGAGUUUAUGCCAGUCAAUAUAUUGUAAAGCUGCCCUAAUUAUCUUGACAUUGGUCUUUUUAAAAUUAUGUUUUAGUAUACCCCAUGUGCAUUUGCUUUUUUGAGUUUAUUUCCAAGGAAACUAUUUUGUGACUAUUUCCAAAUAACCAUGUGAAGCAUGAAUUAUGAUAAAUGAAGCCUGUUUUUUUUAACUUAAAAUCACAAAUUUGAUUUGUCAGCUUAGAGUUUUUUUAUAUCAUCUAGUGGUGUGGUAGGUUAUUUCUUAACAGCAGAAGGUACUAAAACAUUUGCUCAGAGCAAAAUGGAACAGCUUGGUUUUUCUCACCAAAAGUUAUUUUACACUAUUUAUGGUAUUAUUUUUAUUUCCCAUAAUCACCUGGGCUAUUACUACUGAAAUCUUCAUUCUGAAGCAUUACUACUUUCCAUUUUUGCAUUUUUUUCUUUUAACUGUAACUCCAACUAAGAUUCCAUUAUGCUAGAUUGAACCAUUCUAUUUCAUUGUUAUUACCCUUAACCUGCUCUCUGUACUUACAGAAAUUUCUUAAAUAGAUAUUACUUAAAUCUUACAAAAACAAUACUAGACUAAAUGUUUUACAAGGAUAAAUCUAAUAAAUAGUUUCAAUGAAAUAAAUAUACAUUUCAUUUAAAUGAGAGCUCACCAUCACAUUUUAUUCAUUGUGUCCUGUCUAUGCCAGUGAUUUUUACUAGUGGAAAUGCAUUUUAAACUCCUUUUAAUUUUUCAUUCAGGAGUUGGAGAUCUCAUUCAAUACAGGACUACAAAUUUUCUGCGUGGCAAAGAUCGACUUAGAGCCAACCUUGCAGCUGUUCAACAACACUUGAAGAAAGCAAAUUAUCAGCAUUUUGGGUCACUACUGGAAGCAUUUAGACAUUAUGACAAGGUUAGUGGUCAACCGCAAUAUUUAUCCAUCUGUUGAUACUAUUUUUUAUGAGGUACGGCCCUGUAUGUGAAAAGCAGGUCAGAAGAAAAACUUACAGGUCAAAAAUAGUUUUACUAUAAUGCUCUAUCUUCCAUGUUCAUAACAGGUGAGUGGUCUACUGGAAGUGUAGAGACAACAGAUAACCUUACAAUUUAAAAGUUCCCAUUAUUUAAGCAUAAUUCUUAAUAGAAGGAUACACAUCGGUGAGUUUACAAAAAUAUUUAAUCAAAUGGGGCAGUUGACAGCAUCUGAAAAAGGUAUGUAUGGAAAUUUGGUUGAGUAGUUUAUAGCCAACAGAUCUCCAGGGGGGUAUUUCCAAUUUUAUCUUUCAUAAAGUGGACACGUGCACUCUAACAACAAACUAAACCUGGUAAUGAAAUUGUGAACUCAAAACAUGCACAUUAUACUCCAAAUGUUCAUUUAAAAAAUGAGUAACGUACAUGUAUAUCAACAUUGCUUUGGAACACUACCGGUUGAUGUCAUAUAUUACCGAGUAUUGCCACUACUGUACUAUAAAAAGGGUUAGAUAAACAGGUUAGGAGUUUCUAUUAUGCUUCAUUGAACUCUUUUGUUUCAUUGUUUGUACCCUUAACUUAUCUUCUGUACUUGUUGAAAAGUUCUUAAAUAAAGAAAAAACCCUCACAAAAACAAUAGACAAAAAGUUUUAUAAGUAUAAGUUGUUUGUCACAAAUUUGGAGUAUCGUUAAAAAAUUUGCAAAUUUACCAGAUUAACAAAGACAUCUGAAAUUAAGCCCAGUUUUAAGUCAAUAACAAUUUCUAACUUUAGUGAUGUUACCGGCAGAAAUUGGUUGUGACAUUUUUGGUUUGUAAUAUCAUAUGAAGCACUCAUUUAAUACCAGAGAAAAAUCAGAAAACAUGAAUUUAUUACCAAAGCUGAAUUGUAAUUAAUGCCACUGUCUAGUCUAAAAACUUCGAGAACUGGUUUGUGCUUGUCAUAAUUAAUAACAUAUUACAACAAAGUGUACUCAGGAAAGACUCCUGCAAAUGUAGAACAACAGCAGAAACAGAUGAGAGAAAGGCUGAACUUGAUGGAUUCAAGUCUCUUUUCAGCCUUUCUAACUAUGGAAAUUUCUUCCUUAUCCAUUUGGUACAAUAUAAUAUGCAUUCUGUCUGCAAGCUAGUUUUAAACACGAUUAUAAGCAUAUUUCUCUCAGCCUGAUUAAAUUUGUUUUGAAACCUUCUAUGCAGAUAUAUUAAAUGUUGCAGAAAAAUUAAAGCAGAUCACAUCCACUACAGCACCCAGUUCUCUUAUGUAUGUUUUACUGAGUUCAUUACAGGAUAAACCUAACUAAGUUUGACAUGAGCUGGCUAUCUAAAUUCCACACAAAAAAACAAACAACAACAACACAAUGCCAUUUUUUAUUUUAUUUACUAAUGCAAGGUAUUGCCCAAUUCUACCUGUGCACUUAAGAAAAUUUCAAAAAAUCUGAACUUUUAUUUAGCUUGAUUAAUGACAUGAACUAAUUAAAUUACACAGGGUUUUGUUAAAGAGCACUGAUAUCUGUAAAUAUAACAAGAACCAUAUGAAAAAGUAUGCUAGUGUAGCUUGCACAUUUUUGUGUUUUUUUUUCUUUUUAUGUUUCAGAAUGGUGAUGGAAAAAUUGAUAAGGAUGAUCUAAAACGAAUUUGUGAUCAGUUUGGGCUGGAUUUGGAUGUUGAACUUUUAGAUUCUUUACUUGAAUACUGUGACGUAGACAACGACGGCCUGAUUAACUUUGUUGAGUUUGCAAACUUUCUUAACUGGAAAGAUAAAAUGGGUAUUACAGAACUGGAAGAAAAAAUACUUACACAAGGUAAAGACUAAUCCACAACAUGAUUACUUACAUAUUAAAACAUUUCUUCUGUGUUAGAUGGAAACGUGGAUGUUUAGUCCCAUGACCAUCUACACUGCUGUGAACUUAACAAACAUGUUCAACCUGUGAUAUUGGAAAUGAUAAUCUUAAAGUGAUCAAGAAAUGGUUGUCAUUUAUAUAUCAUUAUGUUUUUUUAAUAUAUUUAUAAGUUAUAUACUUUGAUUGUUUAGGACAUUUUUAUGCAUUAUUUACUUCUACCCAUAGCCCUCAGCACCACCAUCAAGCAGGGUUUGUAGGAGUUACUCCAACCCAUUCCAGUGCCUCCAAACUGACUGGCCUUGCUUGGGGAAACUUCCCCAAACAAGAUACAUCUCCUUAUGACGCCAAACACAGGCUUACUUAGUGCAUUGGUGUCUGAAGAGUGACAGCUGUCACCCGUUUCCUGUAUUCCUGUGGGGGAAUGAAAGAUACUCUUGUAGGAGGCAUAAUCAAAUCAACUAGAGCUCAUGUGCUGGAUGUCCUGUACAGAGAACAUAAUAUCUACCUGCAAGAGAGUUCUACAACAUUCUGUGCUCUUUACAUAGACCUCUAUACUGAGCAAUGAUUGCCUGGUAAGGAAAGGGAUAAUAUAUACCCCAGUGAGGGGAAAAAGUAUUUAAUCCCCUGCUGAUUUUGAACGUUUGCCCGCUGACAAAGAAAUGAUCAGUCUAUAAUAUUGAUGGUAGGUGUAUUUUAACAGUGAGAGACAGAAUGACAAAUUUUUUUUUUUUUGAAAAAUGCAUGUCAAAAAAUUUAUAAAUUGAUUUACAUGUCAAUGAGUGAUAUAAGCAUUUGACCCCUUUGACUUAGUACUUGGUUGCAAAACCCUUGUUGGCAAUCGCAGAGGUCAGAUGUUUCUUGUAGUUGGCCACCAGGUUUGCACACAUCUCAGGAGGGAUUUGGUAACCACUCCUCUGCAGAUCCUCUCCAUGUCUUUAAGGUUUCGAGGCUGACUUUUGGCAACUUGAACCUUCAGCUCCCUCUACAGAUUUUCUAUGGGAUUAAGGUCUGGAGACUGGCUGUGCCAGUCCAGGACCUUAAUGUGCUUUUUCUUGAGCCACUCCUUUGUUGCCUUAGCUGUUUGUUUUGGGUCAUCCACAUACUCAUCCACGACCAAUUUUCAAUGCCCUGGCUGAGGGAAGGAGGUUCUCACUCAAGAUUUGAUGGUACAUGGCCCCUGUCUAUCCUCCAGUUGUCCUGUCCCCUUAGCAGAAAAACACCCCUAAAGCAUAAUGUUUCCACCUCCAUGUUUGACAGUGGGAAUUGUGUUCUUGGGGUCAUUGGCAGCAUUCCUCCUCCUACAAACACGGUGAGUUGAGUUGAUGCAAAAGAGCUCGAUUUUGGUCUCAUCUGACCACAACACUUUCACCCAGUUCUCCUCUGAAACAUUCAGAUGUUCAAUGGCAAACAGACGGGCCUGUACAUGUGCUUUCUUGAGCAAGGGGGACCUUGCGGACGCUGCAGGAUUUCAGUCCAACACGGCGUAGUGUGUUACCAAUUGUUUUUUUGGUCACUAUGGUCCCAGCUGCCUUGAGAUCAUUAACAAGAUCCUCCCGUGUAGUUCUGAACUGAUUCCUUACCAUUCUCAUGAUCAUUGAAACUCCAUGAGGUGAGAUCUUGCAUGGAGCACCAGAACAAGGGAGACUGACAGAUCUACCAAAAGGUAGAUCUGUGUUUCUUCCACUUGCAAAUAAUCGCACCAACAGUUGUCACUUUCUCACCAAGCUGCUUAGCUAUGGUCUUGUAGCCCAUUCCAGUCUUGUGUAGGUCUACAAACUUGUCCUUGACAUCCUUGGACAGCUCUUUGGUCUUGGCCAUGGUUGAGAGUUUGGAAUCUGAUUGAUUGCUUCUGGUGACAGGUGUCUUUUAUACAGGUAAUGAGCUGAGAUUAGGAGCACCUUUAAGAGAGUGCUUUUAAUCUCGUUACCUGUGUAAAAGACAACUGGGAGCAAGAAUCCUGCUGAUUUAUAGGGGAUCAAAUACUUAUUUCACCCAUUUAUAACUUUCUUGACGUGUUUUUCUGAAUUAUUUUUUUGUUAUUCUGCCUCUGACUGUUGAAAUACACCUACCAUUAAAAUUAUAGACUGAUUAUUUUUUUGUCAGUGGGCAAAUGUUCAAAAUACUUUUUUCCCCUCACUGUAUAUAUAUGUAAAUAUAUAUCCAUAUUUGCUAGCAAUUUGGAUAGCAGCACAAUGUUAAAAUGUAUUUUAUAUUUAAAAUUUUAUUUGCCCCCAAUUUGUGUACAAUUUGUGUACAAUUUGUGUACAAUGAACAUCUAAAACAAUCUCAUUCAGCUAUUAUUUCUAUUGCUACUAUUCCUCUGGUACUACAUAUACAUUUGUUUUGAUGAAUGUUUCUCUGCAAGACUGAAACGUUGACUAAAUUAUGCACUAGCUUAAUAAACAGCAAACACUUUAUUUGAUAUACAAAUCCUAUCCUGUAUAUGUGGCUGGAGGAUUGGCCCUUAGGUAACUAAAUGUUGGUUAUUUAAAAGCCGUGCUCAGCCCGUGGAUCAUAUAUACAUAAAACCUAUAUAUACUUAAAUAACCCAUAAAUUGGUAUAUCAGUUACAACAGUGCACAGUUAUCUUACAAUAUAUAUCAUGCACAUAAAAAAAAAUCAAGACGCAUAAGUGACCACUAUUUAUUCAUACAGUAAUGGUACACAGAUUCAUUUAAGUGCAAAAAAAAUGUGCAAAAAUGUAUUUAUCAUUCACUACUGCAGUUGUUGUUGCUCAUGGUGGCCUAAGUAAUCUAUUACAAUCUGUACAGGAAAUGAUAGCUAAUUGUUGGUUACCCUGAUCUGUACUGCUUUUUUUUUAUAAGGAUUGAAAGCAAAACUGCACUGAAUUAAAUAUGCUAUUCACAGCUACUUGGGAUCACUUUCUGUAUUUGUUCAAAUUUGUUCAGAUAUAUAUGAGAAAAUGACAAUAUAGUAUGAUCUAUCAGUUAGUAUGAUACCAACAAGUCAGGUGUUAAUCUUAAAUCACGAACUAAAAUUAAACAUGUCACUGGAAUGUGAACAUAAAACUGGAUUAGAAUUUUUUUUAUCUGAAUUUAAAUAAACUUUGUAUGUUUUGUAGGGUCUAGAAAUGUCAAUGAGAAUGUGGAUUCUUCCACAAAAAACAAAGAAGAAUUUUCUGGUGAAGGUCUGGUAAAGCAAACAGAUCUUGAAUUAAAAGAAGAAGGGUUUGAUAAAACACCUAAAACCCUCCCGAAACCAGAACCUGUUAAAGGCUUUUACGGUACAUCAUCAUCAAAAAUCAGCGCUGUUGUGGGGGGCCCAAGUUCUGUCCGUAAGUGUAUUAAGCUCAAAAUUUUACAUUUUGCAAUAAAACUAAUUAUUAAACUAAGUAUUAAAGAUGUAUAGUGCUGUACAGGGCUCCAUUUUGUAAAAGUAUUAACUCCUAUUCUUCCCAGACUAUUAUCUAACAAAGAGUUGUUGACUAUGGUUUUGACAAUUUAUUCCUUUUUUUGCAACAGACCUUGAUGUGUUGUGUGACAUGUAUUCAAGGUACAUAUUUUACUGAUGUGCAACGUUUUCGUAAUGCAAAGAUUAAAACAUUGUCCUAGACCAGAGGUACCCAAAAGGUAGAUCCCCAGAUAUUUUAAAACGACAUAUUCAAUGAUGCUCUAAAGGCACGCAAAGUUUCAUGGGAGUAGUAGUUCUACAACAUCUGGGGAUCUACCUUUUGGGCAACUCUAUUCUAGACACUAUUGCUGUGAGAGAUUUCACAACUUCCCUAGAAUGCCAUACAAAAUGUUCAAAUUGGUAUAUUUCAGAUGUGAUAUUUCUGUAGAGUCCUUUUGCACUGGACUUAAAUUGAAAAACAGAGAUUUUUCUGCCAAUGCCCAAAUUGGUAAAAUAAUUAGAUGUUCAGCCACAUCAUGGAGAGCUGUUUCUGGGCUCAGGGUCUUUUAAAGUUCACAGUGCAAGUUUUGCUUACAAUUUUAUUUGUGCUUAUUGCAUAUUCUACAUUGGAAUUCUAGGAAAAUUGUGGAAGUAAAAAGUCUAAAGACUCCUGUCUCUGGUGCAAGUUAAUUUGUGAAAUUUGUAAAAUUUGUCUUAUGCACGGCUUUUUAAGAAUUACCUUAGCAGCAUUAUAUGUCAGAAUGUGAAAAAAAAUGAAAAAAAAUUAAAUUAGUAUCAGCACUUAGCAGAUAAUCCCUUAAUUAACAGAUGUAGAGACAGAAAUUAUUGAUCUCUCAAUAUGAUAAUAAGUAUUAUAGAUGAAAUGUCCCAGAGUCAAUAUUCAAUAGAGAUAAGUCCAAAAAUCAAUAUCAGUUAAGGAUAUCUCCACGUUGUAAGGGGAAUUCUGAUGGUUAGAGAAUAGCCUGUGUCCUCUCUGGCUGUGUUCCGUAUUGUCUGCUGUGUUAUUGUAUCCAACCUUAAAUCAAAAAGGAUACUAACAUAGUGUAAAAAAGUAACAGUUUAUCUCCCAUGCACAAAACCCCUCUACAUAAUAACUCUAACAGGAUAAUGUGGUGAGACUUCUUUUUUAAGUGUCACAAAUAAAGCAUUGGUACAAUACGGUAUACUUGUGGGUUGAUGAUUGUUAACUGCUCUGCUGGUGUCAAUGUGCUGAUCGGUCCUGUGCACUUGAACCGAUCUUGCUGCAGGGAUACCGGCUGACAGGUCCUACCGUAUUGGGUUUUGCACGUUGAACCCGGGCUUUCUCAAAAUGGAUAAUCUGGGGGAUUGGGAUUGCUUAUAUACACCCUUUAAUUGCCAAUCCUCGAUGUGGGUGCAUAUUAUAAAAUAUAUCUGAUAUGAUGUGUCAACGUACAUUAUAGUAAAAGAAGCUGACUCUCCAAUAUAUUCAUUCGAUUAUAUUGACUCGUAAACAAAAACUUGUCAUCAUUGUAGCAUUUCUUAUGUAUAAACCUUGUGUAACGGCUUUCUGAUUGUGAUGGUUUAUGUCUUAACAAGCAUUUUAUUAUUCAGCCUGAGUUGUCUUUGUUUUCAUAUGUACAUACAUUAAAUCCAACGAACAAAAUAUCUAGAUACAUAUCAAAUCUACAGGAUAUGUUACAGCAAACAUUUAACUAUGUAGAAGAGCCGAAAGAUCCCUCUCAACCACUCUCCAAAAUGGUUUUAUGGCCGGACAGGUCCACCAGAUAUGUAGCAUAGUUCCAACAUCUGUCUGACAUCUCUCCAGAAUCAAAAAUAACCCUUAUGGCUAUGAUCUUUAAACCUAAUAUGUCAGAAUGUGUAUACAUCAGUGAAAAAUUCGUUCUCACUUUACUUAGAAUACAAGGGACGUAUCAGUCCUCUACAUUUGUGUAUUUGUUCAACUGUGAUUGCAGCAAAACACCAUUUCCCUUUGUUCCCUAUAACGUUCCCUUUUCCAUUAUUUUGCUACUUGGUUUAUUGUAUUUCAGGUAUACACCCUUUAUCUAUCCAUAGUAUUUGGUAAAUCCCAUUAAUCAUAGUUGAUUUUGUAUACGCCUAAACCACUACUGAUCAUGCAUCAGUAUGUUGGCAUUACAUGGUAAAACCAGUUGUGGUUGAAAAAAUUAUGCUUCUCCAUAUGAUGGGGAAUAUUACUAUAUAAUAAAUAAAUUACUGCUAGACAAUGCCAGAAAUCAUCUUUAUUGUCAGUGCUGUAAGAACAAAGAUUUAAUGAAGACAGUAUUGCAGGAAAAUAAAAAUUUAAUUUUUUUCCCUGUUUUUAUUUUUAUUGUUAACUUUAUUUCUCAGGUUAUCACACAUGUGGAGUACCUAGUAUUCGCAGAGAUCUUGUCCCUCCUCACAUUCGCAAAAUUAGUGAUAGAUACAAUUAUGGAGAUGAGUCUGGUGCCUUCAAACUGAUACGCCCAUCUAUCUUUGAGCAAAACAUGGUCAGUGAAAGAGAUCUUUUAAAGCCCCGCUCAAAAGAAGAGGUAAUUUACAAAUGAUUUAUGAUGUUAGUAGAAGCAUUACCUUUGUAUUUUGAUAUAUUAACUUUAAAUAGCAUUUAAUAAAUAAAAGCUAGCUUUCCCUGUGCCUGUGACUGCGGACUUCAUUGCUUACUAUAGAUUACUACAUUCACAUGAAUUCUUCUAAGUGUUGGUCAAACUCUUUCAUCAGCAGCCGUAGCACCCAGCCAUAUUUCAACAAUGAUCACAGCCAUGUUUUUUCAUUCCUAAUUACUCUUGCUCCAUCAAUUCCCCUUUUUUGGGUUCUACUGUCUGAAGAUGAUAUUGUUUGUUGGCCCCUGUCACCCAGUGCUACUUCACCUAAUUAUUGGUGAUAUUAAGGAGUUUGCAACUUGCUGUCUAAACUUCAUACAUCUAUAUAUUUACGUUACAUGCUGCCAUGUAAAUUAAUUGUGGAACGUAAAAGUCGAGUGUGAAAAAAUAAAAACAAGCUGAAGUAAUUAAAAUUACUGAGAACUUCAAAAUCUGACAUGACGUGCCAUUAUUUCUCAAGUUUUCUUUUACAUUUUUUUUUCCAAAAGUCUUUGUAGACAGAACUGGUCCCCCUAACAAAGUUCUGUUCACAACAGUCUCCUCUCAUUCUCUCUUGAGAGUUUGUAGACAAUUCUGAGGUAAACCAUAAAAAAGUGUUUUGCAGACUUUCCUAGCUUUGAGAACCCGUUAAGUCAUCUCUUUUUACUAAACUGCUGAUUAUUAAUUUAAAAUAUUUUCUUUCUCAUAUAGAUUACAGAGAUACUGCGUAACAUUGGUUUUAGUAUUUCCAAUGACAAUUUUGACCAGCUAUGGAAUUUGGCCUCAGAUAUUCAUCCAAGAGGAGAAGUUUGUGUUGAGACAAUAAGAAAUGCGUUGGAUCAUAUGCAGGCACCUCAAAUCAUAAUGGGGUCUUGAACAGAAGACUUGUGUUUGUGUUAAAAAUCAGAAUAAAAUUGGAUCUUGAGCACUGUUGAACUUGUUACUGAAUUUUUUUUGCAAUAUUAAACGAUAUUUUGAAAAUAAA